GGUGCGCCGUGGGGUGCAGCGGAAGCGGGGGUCCAGGGGGGAGAACUUCGUAGCCGUCAUCCUUUUUAGGAAAAGAGGGAAAAAAUAAAGCCUCCGCCCCGCCUUCUCCCCACCCCUCGCGGCACCACACACAGCGCUGUGCUCGCGCGGCCCGGGCCGGCGUCCGCCGCCGCGUUGCUCCAGCGGCUCUCCGGGAAAUGCUCGCUGCUCGCAGUUUUACCCGAAGAGGACUGACUCCUGUCCCCGCCCGGUCCUCCAGCGUCCCCGCCCCGCCUGUCCCUCUCCCGGGGAGGCGUGCAGGGCCCCGCGGAGAGCGACGCCUGUGCCCGCGCGCGCGUGUGUGUGCGCGCGUGGAAAUUGCCCAGAGGGGACAUCGCUGGACUUCUGCAAAUACCGGACUGAAAAUUGUAAUUCAUCUGCCGCCGCUGCCUUUUCCCUCGUGCUGGGGAUUCCUACUGGUUGACAUUUCUGUGCAGCAGAAGUCUGGGGAUCAUUCUGGAAAUUCUUCUGAUUUUUAACCCCCCGCCCCCCAACUCCUGAUUCCUCUGGAAGUUUCUCAGCAGCUCUAACUGGAGAGCUCAGAAGAUUGAUGGGAUUCUUGCCUUAUGCGUUUAUUUGUACAAAAAAGGAAGCUUGACAGAGGAUCAUGCUACCCCUAAAAAAUACAACAUCACGGAGGAAGUAGACCUAUAGUGCAAUAAUUAUUCAUAAUAAUAACGUGCCUCAUGCAAUAAAGAUCCAAAAGGAAUUUAAAUAAAAAUUUCCUGAAUCCCAUGCCAAGGGGGAAACCCCAGAGUCAAGAGUUCCGCGUGACUGAAGACACCCCCUCUUCCAAGAAUGCAAAGCACAUCCAAUAAAAUCGUUGGAUUAUAACUCUUCUCCUGGCUUUUGGGGGCGCGGGUGGGAGCGGGGCCGAGCGGGAAGGAUGGCGCACGCAGGGAGAACAGGUUAUGACAACCGGGAGAUAGUGAUGAAGUAUAUCCACUAUAAGCUGUCGCAGCGGGGCUACGAAUGGGAGGCUGGCGAAGCUAGCGCCGCGCCCCCCGGGGCCGCUCCCGCGCCGGGCGUCCUCUCUUCUCCGCCCGCGGCGCCCCGGGGCCCGGACACCAGGACCUCGCCGCUCCAGGCUGACCCGGCCGCGCAGCCGGCGCUCAGCCCGGUGCCACCUGUAGUUCACCUGACCUUGCGCCAGGCCGGCGACGACUUUUCCAGGCGCUACCGCCGCGACUUCGCCGAGAUGUCGAGCCAGCUGCACCUGACUCCCUUCACCGCGAGGGGACGCUUUGCCACGGUGGUGGAGGAGCUCUUCAGGGACGGGGUGAACUGGGGGCGGAUUGUGGCCUUCUUUGAGUUCGGUGGGGUCAUGUGUGUGGAGAGCGUCAACCGGGAGAUGUCGCCCCUGGUGGACAACAUCGCCCUCUGGAUGACUGAGUACCUGAACCGGCACCUGCACACCUGGAUCCAGGAUAACGGAGGAUGGGGUAUCUGUGUGAUGUGUAGAAGAAUUGAUUCUUAGCUGUGGAUUCUCUCAUGCCUUGCUGUGAGUUGAAGUGAUUGAUACCUGCAGCUUUGAAGAACACCUGUGAGGUGAUUUGUUUCUGGUACGGUGCUCCACAGAGCUUCCGUGAUUUUGCCAUGCCGUUGUUCUUUUCCGUGAUUCUUUUGGGGGAGGGGUGCAGAUCCUAUGACUCAAGAAUUGUAAUUCAAAUCAGCAUCUCAUAUCUAAAUGUAUGAAUUGUGAAAAAAUAAAAGAAGAUAAUUCUUGUCUGAGGUUAUUUUAGGACUUUUGUUUUAAUCUGAGGACUUAUCUUUGGAAAAGGAUGCAAUUCAUUGCUUUCUCUUACAGUCCCUUGGGAGAAUUACUAAUGGAAUUAUUGUAUAGGACUGAAGAACAAAAAGUCUGGAAAUGACUACAAGUGGCUUAGAAUUCAAGAAGCACAUUACAUGUUUUACUACGUUUUACAAAGUGUCCUAAUACUAAGGGGCCCAAAAGAGAAAAGGUCAAGAAAAACAGAUGACUUUGACCAAAGUUGACAAAAAUUUUGAUGCCCAUGUUGGGUGUUUAAAAUUAACUCACAUAUCUUUGUUUAUAUCUCUGAAAUCUAAAUGUUCUUUGUGAGUUAUUUCCUGGUUUGUUUUUCGAGACCCACAUUGUAAGAUCUUUAGUAAUUCCGGAGGAAUUCACCAAAGGGUGAAAAGAAUAUUUGUGUUCAAUGUUUGGUCAAGGAAGUUUUGUUUUUUUUUUUUUUCCUUAACCAUCAUCGCCAAAGAGGUAGGGACUUUUAGAUUCCAAAAAGGUCGUUUUAAAACCAAAGGAAUAUGUAUUUAAUAGUUAAAAUUAUAUUUUUAAAUAUUCUAUCUAGUUGGAGGAAAUCCAAGGUGGUAACUACCAUCUAUCAAGUAACUUAAUAGAAGGGUGGGAAACAGAGACAUAUGUUUAUGAUAGAAACUAAGAUAUAACCUUGAUCUUUGUUGUUCGAUUGCAGUAUAUUAACAUUUCAUACAGUUGAGGUUUCUUUUUAAGUGAAAGUUCACUUUUUCCUCCUUCCAAAAUAAGCGUUUUCAUAGUAGAGCGUAUCUCUGUGGUCCACAGGUAUCUGAGGUUGAUGAAUGUAGAGGCUACAUUUUAUGAUGCCAAACCACAAUGACAUACUGUAGAACACGAUAAAAAAAUUUUUUUUGACAAAACCUCUUAAUGUAAAAAUAAAUCAUAGAGAUGCACGAGUGGCUAAUGGUAAAAUGUGUAGUAGUUUUCAGAACAACACAUAGAUUGAUGAUUAUAUAGGAAAUACUAAGGAAUUUGGCAAGAAAGAGAGCAUAUAACAGGAAAUGCAAUCAGAUAUGGACAUUUUGUUAUAAAAACUGGUAGAAUUUGAGAGUUCCAAAUGAUUUGCCUAUGAUUUUAGAUUUGCGUUAUUAAUCUGAAGUUUUCUUUUAGGAAUUUGGCAUACAGACAUGUUUUCCUCCAAAUUUUCACUAGUCAGGGUUGCAUCUCUAAUAUGUUGCAGGCAGCUUACAGUGUGAGCGUAGUCUUAACAAUGGUAGAGUUUCAAAAGAGAGCUCACGUGUUUUUUCCGCAGUGACAGUGAUGUGUCUGUUCCCAGGAGUCAGUGGAUCAGCGUAUGUACUGAAUAAUAAUAUACUAAGGGGGACUUUAGACUUGGAGGCACUUUUUUUUUCUUUGCUGCUGAGGCAAAGUCACAACUUCCCGAGGCUGAGAGAAACGGUUUGCAUUCCGUGUUCUGCAGCAGAGAAAGCAGAGCCUGGGGGUGAUACGCUUCCAAUAGAUGGUCCCGGCAGCCUGCAAAUGAAAUAAAGACUGAAGGAGAGGUUGAGUAUACAGUAGGCUGUAGAGUGGAGUGCACCUUUAUUCCUAAGUCUGAGUAAGGUAUUGUUUGGUAUCCAGAGAAAGGCAGGACGGAGGGAAUAGCAACAAGAGAGUAGCAGUUUUUGAAAAUGUCGAAGGCCUGGCUACUCAAAAUAUGGUCCAUGGUCCAGCAGCACGAGCAUCCCUGGGAGCUUGUUAGAAACGCAGAAGCUCAGACCCUACCCCAGACCUCCUGUGUCAGAAUCUGUGGUUAACAAGAUCCACAGAUAAUUUGUAUAUACUGGCUAAGACACUUGAUUCCUGGGGGCAUUGUUUGGAAAGAAUGACCACCUGGGAUGGAAUCCUGCAAGUGUGCUACAGGUCCAUAGCAUAACCUGGGAUCCUGAAUAUUUCCCAGAUAUGCACCAGAGUUCGCUGACCUUAAGAAGAAAUAGAUUGAAAUGAAGGUGAGAUAGGAGAUAAAUUACUAUGUGCCACAUCUUCUUGAGAAUGCAUUUCCUGGUAGCUAUACAGUUUGUAGGAGUGAUAGUGCAGUGGUUAAGUGCUUGACCGCUCACUGAAAGGUCUGUGGUUCGAACCCACCAGCAGCACCAUGGGAGAAAGAUGUGGCAGUCUGCUUCUGUAAAGAUUACAGCCUUAGAAGCCCUGUGGAGCAGUUCAGCUCUGUCCUGUAGAGUCUCUAUGAGUUGGGAUUAACUCAAUGGCAAUGGGUUUAUUGUUUUGUUUUGUUUUUUUGACUAUACAAUUUGUGUUGGCAUCACUGGCCUAAUUAAAGUAAGCUAGCCUUUCUACUCCAAUUAAAGGAUGGAGGUUUAGCUCUUUUAAUAGCUCUGUUAGUUAUUAUUUUAUCCCCUUGUAACACAGUUUAAUUCUGUAAAUCAGUUUAGUGGCCUUGAGACUUCCUUGGGACAAAGGGGCUCUUGCAAACAAAGGGUUGAGAUUUGGGCAAGUUCAUGGUGAAUGAAAAUUGUUGGCACCCUCCAAACAGGGGAGCGUAACAACAUUCAGCUUCGCGUCUUAGAAGACAGUAGGAUGUGGACAUUAAAAGAAUGAACUGUUUCAAACAGGAGGUUGUUUGGCAUCAUUCUGUUGAUGAAAUGAUGGCCCACUUUUAAAAAAAAAUCUUUUGGUCUUUGGUCUUGGUUGUUUCGGAAGAUGGGGAUGAACUUCUCCACACCCUAUAGAUCUUAGCUUCUUUUGUAUUGGUUAGUCAGCAAGCAUUCUACAACCGGCUCUCUUCCCUAAAUGUAGUCCACAUCCAGCAAAACAUUUGAUUAACUGGAAAGCAAUACCAUUCUCAUGCCAGUGUACAUAUUGCUUGAAAGAGCAUCAUUUUUAUCGAGACUGAGUAUCAGCUGCUUAUGGCCAAUUUCAGUAGCAAAAUGAUAGGAUUAAAAAUAGCCUGAAGAUGAUUCAGUCUUAAAUAAUAUAUUUAAUGAUGAAUUUUCCUUGAGAAAGUGCAUCUUUCUGCCUGUUAAGAAUCACAUGACCCCUUUCAAUAAUCUAUUUUGUAGGAAAAAAAUACAUUAUUGCUCCUCGAGCGUUCAGUCUUGUGCUGUUGAGUGAUUAUAUUUCUGAAUCUUCUUAACGUAUUAUAGUUCACUCAGUGCUUUUCUGUUUUAGGGCCUUUGUUGCUAUUUAAUGUGCAUUGAAAACGUGGGUUUCCUUUGUGCAUCCUGUUACUUCGAGCUGUGCUUUCUAGUGAGAACAUAUUCCUCUUUUUAGCAAUCCUUGAUUGAACCGGUACACUGCAGAUUGUUUACAUGUCAUGAGGCCAUAUAGCACCACCAGGUAACGGAGAACCACAGAUUAACAACAACAACAAAGCCAAACUCUUAUAGUUUUUCUUUACCUUUUAUUCUAGUCCUCUUCAGUGUCUUGGAGGGUUGAUGAACCAACUCAUAAAGCAGGUGUAUGGGUGCUGCGGGUAUUAUUAGUGGUGUCUCCCACUCACCACGCCUACGUACCUGUUUCCAAGGUCACUCAUCAUGUCUUAGCAAUAGUUUAGCAAUGCAGCUUUUUAGCAGAAGUGCAUUUGUGCUAGAAAACAACACUGUCUUUGUAGUGCACGAGUAGAAAGUUUUUUUCCCCCAGAGAUGUAUUGUAUUUGAGGUUCAAAGGUUCCGUUAAACCUUUUUAAGGUAAUCUAAUAUCACCUGACUCAGGUAUAGCAGUAACCUCUCAAUCUGGUCGCCUUUUCCCCUCAGCCAUCUAUAGAGGACCACUCACUGGAUUUACUUCACCGUGAAGUUUCCUCUGGGUUUGGUUCACAGAAAAUUAGUGUUUGAUGUCUAAACGGGGUUAGUGAUGAAAAUCACCCAAGGACUGAGGCGAUUAUUCAGCAGCAUGCUUCCAAGUCUUAUAUGUGUUGGACCCUGGGUUAAGUUGGGGGCACAGGAAGGAGAGCUCCCUGCCUGCCUUGGAUGAACUCAGAGGCCAGUGCCGUAGGUGUUUUAGUAAACUCAGUUACCACGCAUAAUAAGCAUGAGACUCUUCAGAUUUAGAGGAAAAAAGAAAAAAAAAAUGUAACUAAGUAUAUAUUAUUUUGCAUACACUUCAAUCUUUGCCUAAAAAAGUUAUUUCUGACCAUAUGGCUGUUCAUGUGUGCAUUACGCCUGAUUUAAAUAGGGGGAGAAAUGUAGACAACUUUAAAAAUACCAAAUAACAUAGACAUACUCUUAAGAGAACUGAAAGGCGGGAGGAGUUCCCUUUGUUAAAUAUUUACCUACUAAGCAUCCUUUAGAGGAGCCCUGGUGGCACAGUGGUUAAGCACUCGGCUUAACUCACCAGCCACUCCUUAGGAAAAAGUUCUGGCCAUCUGCUUCUAUAAAGAUUACAGGCUUGGAAACCCUAUGGAGCAGUUCUACCCUGUCCUACAGGGUCACUGUGAGUCAGAAUUGCCUCAACAACACACAGCAACAACAGCUGCAAUACUUGGACUUCAGCUCUUUUUAUUCAGUAUCAUUAGUGGCUUUUAUGAAGAUGUGGGAAGCAUGGUUAUCAACUGGUGUGGAUAUAAAGUUAUAAGGGAAGGCAAUCAUAUUAGGUGACAGCUGGGGUCCAGAAAGUACUCAAAAGGAUCCAGUUCGGCUAAAUAAGAAGUCUUAUGUGUGGGUAAGGAGCCCUGGUGGCACAGUGGUUAAGCACUCAGCUGCUAACCAAAAGGUUGGCGGUUCAAACAUACCAGCCACUCCAUAAGAGAAAGCUGUGGCAGUCUGCUUCUGUAAAGAUUACAGACUUGGAAACCCUAUAGGCAGUUCUACCCUGUCCUAUAGGGUGGCUAUUAGUCAGAAUCGACUCGAUGGCAUUGGGUUUAAACAGCCUUUAUGAAGUGGAGACUUAUUAAACAUGAAUCUAUACUUUUUGAAGUACUCAUCAAUUCUUGUUAAGUAAAAGAGAAUCAAGACUGCCUGGUUAGAAUGAUUAGAACAGCUUAUUUCUGAAGAACUGUCUUGAUUAAAUCAUUCUUAUAUGCAGAAAAAUAUUGGUAGGUUUUGAUCCAGGUAGGGGUUCUUCCUUUGGGAGGAAAAAAGCUUUUGUUUUGUUUUGAGGUUAUAGUAUUGUUGUGCUUCUCUUCUGAAAUGCUCGUUACAGACAUACUCCUUGUAGCAUUUAUGUUUCUGUAGAGCAGAUCUGCUCAGUUCUUGCACGUGUGGUCCCCGUUCUUUACCUGGAGAUUAUAAAACUUUUAAAAUUAGAAUAAAACUGUUUUCAUUUUGAAAAUAUUUUUGUAGGUUCCCUCUUGCUCUGAUAUAUGCUCACUUCUGUCAUGCCAAUACAAUUUCUCUGCUCUUUCUGUGCCAAACAAAAGAUAUGCCCCACCCCAUCCUUCAGUGAGAAUGACUAUUGGAUGAGAAUUCCUAUUGAGCCAAAGCCUUCGGGAUUUCUCAUAGGCAUUCUGCCACCCCAUGAUACUCUCCUACCUGCAUCAUUAUGCCACCAAAAGGAGACCUCCUAGGUAUAGCUCCUUAUUACCUUCCAGCACAUGAAGGGUAGGAGUCCCCUGCAGAAAAUAGCGAACUCAGAGAAUAUGCCUAGACACCAGCAAGAAUGGGCAUAAAUGGGCUUCAGCCCAAGCUAGUGUAUAAUCCCGACUCUAAUAAAGAGUCCUGGUGACACAACAGUUAAGCGAUUGGCUGCUAACCGAACGGUUGGUGGUUUGAACCCGCCAGCAGCUCCUCAGGAGCAAGACCUGACAAUCUGUUCCCAUAAAGAUUACAGCCUAGGAAACCCUAUGGGGCAGUUCUGCUCUGUCACAUGGGGUCGCUAUGAGUUGGAAUCGACUAGAUGGCACCUAACAACAAGAACAAUCUUGCCCCAGGCAGAAGGGCAAGUAGAAUUCUGUCAAUAGAUAAUAUCCUUUCCUCCAAAAAAAAUCACCAAACGAAACCUUUUGCUGUCAAGUUGAUUCCAACUCAUAGCAACCCUACAGGAGAGAGUAGAACUGUCCCAUAGCAUUUCCAAGGAGCAGCUGGUGGAUUCGAACUGUUGACCUUUUGGUUAGCAGCUGAUCUCUUAACCACUACGCUACCAGGGCUCCUCUUUUCCUCCAGAGAUCAUAUAUUCCAACCCUAAGCAGGAAAAGGAGUAUGUCUGGUGGUAAAAUUGUACUUGCUCUGAUCCCUUUAGUGCAAGAUGAGAAGAUUAGAGUGGGGGUUAUACUCGAGCCUUAGCUAAAAUUUGACUAACUGAACUUGACUGAAAUAGCUUAUAGUAAAGACUACUUCCCCAAAUGCUCUCUUAACCAUGUUAGAAAGGGAAUCUCCCCGACAUACUGGUAUGGCCAAUUGUAGCAACAUGUGGAGAGUGACUUGGGUGGUUUUCUUGAGUGUUUGACAGGAUUCCAGGAGGAGGUUAACGAAGGAGCUGAGUGUACCCUCUCUUACUCACUGCACAUGGAGCACGAGCCACAGUGGGUGGCUCCACUUGGAAAAUGUGUGUUUCUAUCCUGCUUCUUGUUUGCCUUCAGAAUUUCGGAGCUAGAACCGUAUUCCAUUUUUAGUUAAUAAUCAGCUCAUCAGCUCUCUGGGGCUUCGACGUAAUGAGUCAGAAGCUUAUGACUGACUCCACUCUGCUCUUUAUUAUGUCUCCUGAAAACAACACGAGAGUCCGUAGUGUCAAGUGAAGCUUUAAUUUUUCAAGGGAGAUUUUUCCAUUGAGACCAAUAUCUCUUUUCUUGUGACAACUCCAAUUACUGUAUUUCUGUUUUUAGCUGGCUUUUCUUAAGCUGCAAAAGAGUAUGGAGAGUUUAUGAAUUUUAAUGCUUGGAGCACAAAACAAGGGAUCACUGUUGCAGGUUGUGUUUAUUUGACUCCCACCUCUUCUUUGCAGAUAUUUAAAAUUUCUCCAGCCUUACAACAUGAUGAAUGUAGUAUCUGUGUAACAACUCUGAAAUUGAAUUGGCAUCAAGUAUUCCACUCAGCUGCUUUAAAAUUCUCCAAGAGAAUAUGGGACAGAUACCUAGGUGUCUUACUUCAAUGCCUGUUGAGUAUAUGUAGCCUUCUUACAAUUAGAGUAGGAAUAAAAUAAAUGACAAGUUACAUCGUCAGCUUUCGAUAUUGGUUUUUUAUCUCUUAAAAAAAAAAUAGCAAGCUAUAAAGGAUGCCAAUGUUAGCCCUUCUAGGUCUAAAAUUUCAGGAUUAUCUCUUAGCCAUUUCCUUUGUGGAUUUCUGGCAGCAUUUAAAAAAAAAUAAUAAGCUUCGAAAGAGGUGGCUUUGAGGUAUUUUAUAACAAAAUUAUGUAGGCUGGUGAGACUAAGCCGCUUAGUAAAUAUUAAAGUGGUAGUACAAAAAGAAAACUAUUUAAAGACGUUUUAAUCGAGGAAAAUGAACAGUUGUUCACAAAACUUUGAGUUCGUAGAAACUAGGGUAGCAGUGGAAGUAUACAGAGUUAUUAUAAAGGCUCUUGCUUGCAUACUAACUUUUUUCAUUGAAGCACGUUUGUUGAGGGCCUAAUGUGUGCAGAGCUCUAUGCUAGGUGGUUUAAUUAAAUUAAAAAUCCGUAAGAUAACCUUUGCUUUCAGGGAAUUUACCAACAGGUAGUGGGACUAAAAAGAGGCCUAGUGGCACAGUGGUUAAGUGCUCAGCUGUUAAUAGAAAAGCCAGUGAUUCUAACCCACCUAGCUGCCCCAUAAGAGAAAGAUAUGGCAGUCUGCUUCUGUAAAGAUUCCAAACCAAACCUGUUGCCAUUGAGUGCAUCCUGACUCAGGAGGUGGUGGGUUCGAACUGCCAACCUUUUGGUUAGCAGCUGAGUACUUUAACUACUGUGCCAUCAGAGCUUCUCAAAGGAAAAGACAAAGGCUCAUCUGGGAUUUGAACCUGGGACUUCUCACACCCUAAGUGAGAACCAUACCCCUAGACCAACGAGUCAUUCUGCAUCCCUCUAAAGAUUACAGCCUGAGAGAAGCCCUGUUGUUCAGUUCUACCGUGUCCUAUAAGUUCACUAUGAGUUGGAAUAAACUCUAUGGCAGCGUUUUUCAUUUGUUUUUUAAGUGGGACUAAGAUGAGUGUGUAAAUAGCUAUAACCCUUGACAAUCUUCAGUGCCCCGAGACCAGAUGGAACCAGAAGGGGAUCUAGAAGGAGAGGGUCCUUCAGGAAAUCAUUUUGGGACAAGCUUUGCAGAACAGACUGGAGUGUGGGGAGAGGGCUUUUUAGGUAACAGGAAUGGAGGGCUCAAAGCAGGCAGGAAUGUAUGAGGUGUGCUUGGGGAAUUGCAAAGACUCUGAAUUGACUGAAGCAUAGCAGUCUCUCCUGAGAUAAGUCUGUAGUUUGAGAACUUAGCCUGGGUCCAAAGUUGAGAGGUUUGUACUUAAUGUGGUAGAUGUUAAAUGGAUGCUGAAAGGGCUCUCAGGCCAGCUGCGAUGCGGAGGCAGCAGGAGAUUGAGCAUGACUGAGGCUGGACAAUGGAAAACAAGUAGGAGAUUGAACCACAUGGUAGGGUGGGGAGUGGGAAAGAUGGGGAGAUGUGGGGGACAAUGUAGAAGUAGAGCCAAAGGGCUGACAACAGGUUGGAUGUGAGGAAUGAGGAAGGGGAAGAAUCUGGAGGACUCAAGUUUGAUUCCAGCAGGUUCAGUCAAUGAUGUUGUCAUUAGUAGAGAAAGAAAAGAUAAGAACAGGUGCUAUUUUGUGGGAUAAAUGUGAUGACUUUAAUUUUGGAAAAUUUCAACUUGACUUGCUGUUGGAAUACCCAAGUGGAAAUGUCUUGUAAGCCGUUGGAGAUAAGGAUCUGGAGUUUAAGAGAGAAGUUGAGGCUGCAAUAUAAUAUGCCUUUUCCCCCAAACCAUGUGGAUUUCCUUUUUUCUUCUUUCAUUUCAAAAGCCCCUGCUGAUUCUACCUUCUUUUAUUGCUGCCUUCCGCACAUCACCUUUCCUCAAAAGCCCUGUGUAGACUUCCAUGGAUUGGGUUAAGGUGAUUGUCUUAGAGCUUUAAGGUUCAAAGCUUGGCUCCCUACCACCAGCUGCCUACUUAAAAAAUAAUUCAGCCUGAGUCAAAUUAAUGCUAUUUCAGUAUCCUAAUAGUACCUUUUGAAUAGAUGCCUUUGAAUUAUGGUGUUGGCAAAGAGUUUUGAAUAUACUAUGGGCUGUCAGAAGAACAAACAAAUCUCUCUUGGAAGAAGUACAGCCAAAAUACUCCUUAGAAGCAGGGAUGGCAAGACUUCUCGUCCCAUGUGCUUUGGACAUAUUAUCAGGACAUAUUAUCAUGAUUCCCUGGAGCAGGACAUCAUGCUUGGUAAAGCAGAGGGUCAAUGAAAAGGAUGAAGACCCUCAAUGAGGUGAAUUGACACAGUGGUUGCAAACAAUGGGCUCAAACAUAGCAGUGAUUGUGAGGAUGGCACUAAACCAGGCAGUGUUUUGUUCUCUUGUACAUGGGGUUGCUGUGAGUUGGAACUGACUCAAAGGCACUGACUCAACAACAGCAACAACAAUAGUACUCUUCUUUUGUGUCUCUAGGUCUUAAAAAUCUAGGUGUUCUGCUUCACUGGGACUUCCUUAUUUAAUAAGAUAUUAUUCCUAUUAAAUUAAACCCAGCACCUAGCAUAGUGAAUAGCAGGUGCACACAGCGAUUGUUUAUUGAAUUAAUUAAUUAAUUAUUUUAGAGGCACUUUGAGCAUCUAACGCAUCAUAAACAGCUUUCCCUUUAUUAUAUAGCGUGUGUGUCCCAAAUGUCCUAUAGGUUCAUAAAUAGUUAAUAGAAAUGAAAAAAGAAAAUACUUAAGUGUUUUGAUUUCAUCCUUUACUAAUGAAUUGGAAAAGUAUGUUAUUCAUUCCUGAAGGAAAAUAUUCUAGAUUUUGUUUUAUAUUAAAUACUCAAUAUUUAUUCAUCCUUAAUGCUAAUUCCACACCAGCCUAUUGGUUGUCACAUUGUAUCUGUUCAAACAAAAGAAUGUGUACAUAUGAUCUACAUAUAUAUGUGUGUACUGGCUCUCAUUCCUUGUGUUUCAUACCUUAAACCUAAUCCAGGCUGUGAAAGUUUUAGCCUGAGAUUACUCAUCACUUGAUCAUUAAAACAGGGCUCGUCCAAGGUUCUCACUAUGGUAACAAGGUGGUGUUUCCCUCUGAUGAGUGUUGAAGCUCAAAUAUAAAAGAACUACAGCACACACAGCCCAAGAAUAAAUGGCCCCCUAGUUCUCUGUCAAAAAAGGCAGCCAAAUGAAGGUGGAAGUUGGUGUAGCUCAAGGUUCCAGAGCCGAGAGAGCCUGCGAUUUCAUUUCUAAAGAUGCUGACCAACAGGAAAGACACCCCGGAGGACUCAUGGAGAAAAUCAGUGGCCUGACAGCUCCUUGCUAAGUUCUUUGCUCUGGCUCAGGCAAGCGUCACAACCUUUCUGUGGUUUUCAGAACUGGUGGAAUCUGUUUUGAGAAUCCUCACCCCCUGGCAUGAAUCAAACCCAAAGUAUCGUUGCUCAUCAUUUGUCAUCUGUUUGAGCACGAUUGUAUGAUUUGUUUACUUGUAAUGAAGCUUGACCAUACUUCUCCAGGGACUUUUUAAAAAGAAGGAUAUGUCAGCUUACAGAUUUGUCCCCAUGAAUGAAACCACAAGCAAAUCUUUCUCCCUUCAUCCUUUCCUCCCUCGCAUUUCUUCAGUGGCCAUCUGUGCCUCAUAUUUGCACUGCCAGCCCUGCUUCAAGUGCCUUAUCUAUGAGUGAAUUCAGCAACUUCAAAUUAUAAAGGACACCCAGAUAAUUGGCCUGUUCUCCAAAGUAUCUGUCCCCUGUGUUGCUGCCAGAUUCGUUCUUAAUGAAUACAUCCAGUGACAGUGGGAUUCUUGAGCUUGUCCGUAUCUCUGAGAAAAUGAGCUUCCUUGCUUUGUAACAGCUUGCAGCUCCGGGAAAAAAAAUGACGGCCAUUGCACAAGUUUUCUUUGAAUGUAGUUUUCUUUCCCAUAAAUGAUACUUUGAGAAUACAGUUAAGGGGUUAUUAGUUUUCUAUUUCACGCUUGGCCUGUGUGUAAGAAUAACACAAGCUGUCACCGCAAAUCAGUAGCUCCACACGACGCUUCUUCUGAUUAAUGCGAGCGUUUAAUAUUGGGCUAAAUUAAAAAUUAACUGAUGAAAGUACGUGUCAAGUGAAAUUCGAAGAUGCUUUUUCUGAGGAAUAUUUAAAGGGCAUGACCAGUGAGUAAAUUUGUGGUUUUAAAAUAUGGAGAAUUUGGGUAAAUCUAAUACGCGUUGAGGCACCUGACUCUGCCUUCUAACCUCUCACCUGUCAGGUUUGGCAGGACGGUGGAAAAGAGUGUCCUUGUGUUUAGUAUCGAGGACCACUGCGUCUCAGUUUUUUUUCUUUUUUUGGUGAAUAAUUGUUUUUUGUACUCAAUCGUACAGUUGAAGCAUACGGAAGAGGAGAGGGGCUAUUCAUUUCUACUACAUGGUUUAUCUCGAGCGCACACAGUAGGCCAGGCAUGGAUGGGGAAGUAGGAACAAGACAGGCCUGGCUUACAGUCUAGGGGAGUGGAGAUAUUCAGCAGCGGCUGCAGUUGAGCAUGGUUCCAGUUACAGGAGGAGAAAUGCGACAGUCUUAGGGGCAUAUGUUAGAGAGUCAGAGCCCCUGGGUGGUGCAGACGGUGAGCACACUCAGCUGCUAACCUAAAGGUCAGAGGAUUGAGUCUAUCCAGAGGGGCCUCGAAGAAAGACCUGGAGAUCUACUUCCAAAAAAUCAGCCAUUGAAAACCCUGUGGAGCACAGUUCUACUCUGACACACAUGGGGUUGCCACGAGUUGGAGUCGACUCGAACGCAACUGGUUUUACAUUAGAGAGUCAAGGAAGGCUUCCCAGGAGAGGGGGCAGGUGAGCUGGAGCCUGGAGGAAGAGCAGAAGUUAAUCUAGUUAAGGGGGUGGGAGGAGAAGAGUGUGUCCAGGAAAGAGAACAGUGGAAACCAAGGCCAGAAAGCCUGGAGGAGUUGGAGGACCUGAAGAGUACUCCCGGCUGGCGCGAGGCGUCCAAGUGGGUGUCCCUCAGAGACGGACCACCCAGGAAGGGUUAAUUUUAGCAAGGCCACUCUGACUAUACUUCAGAUAAUUAGUGAGACCAGAGAGAGAGUAGAAACCAGAUAGGAGCUAUUUCAGUAAAUGAGCAAGGGUAAUGUGCUUGACCUAGAGGAAUGGUAGUGGGAACGGCAGAAAUGGAUAGCACUGGGCAAUGAUUGUGGAGCCUUGGUGGCGCAGUGGUUAAGCACUUGGCUGCUAACUGAAAGGUUGGCAGUUCGAACCCACCAGCUGCUCUGUGGGAGAAAGAUGUAGCUGUCUGCUUCUGUAAAGAUUAUAGCCUACAGGGAGUUCUACUCUGUCUUAUAGGGUCUCUGUGGGUUGAAAUCGACUCAGUGGCAACGGGUUUAGGCAAUGAUUAGGAAUAGACUGGAGAGACUUUUAGGAAGAUGCAGUGAUUGAUUAAGGGUUUCAAAACAUUGCUCAUUUUAUCUUCAACUACUGAUUUUUUUCUAUAACCAACUGCUUAUUUUUUUUUUUUCUAUUAUCAUUUUGAAAAGAAUAUGGUCAUGUUCUGGUUGUAUACAAGUAUUUUUUUCUUAUUUCACAUUCUCUUAAAUUAACAUUGCCUGGUUGGAAACUUUAUUUUGUUAGAACUCACAUUGUAAUUAACCUUCAUUAACAAUUUGUUAAUAAAAGUGUAUUUGAAGAAAUAAUUCCACUAUGAAAGGCAGUUUUCAUAAAAUUUCCCUCCAGGUGGAAAAUUCAACCAUGGUAUGUAUGUGUGUGUGUGUAUGUGUGUAUGUAUGUAUGUAUGUAUGCAUGUGGCAUUUUAAAGUUUCCAAGGAAAUUCAGUAUCUGUUGGUCCACUUGAUCGGCACAACUCUGAGCAAGGCAGGUAUUAUAUCCCAUGUCUCUCUGCCUUCUUCCCACAGCCUUUCUGUUGUAUGUUUAUUCCCACGUGAAAGAUUGAGAAAGUUUUGGCUUCGAGAAGCUAGGUUAGAGCCAGAAAGCAAAGGAGGUGCUGGUAUUCAUUCCUAGACUCAGCAUCUAGGAAAUAUUUCUUUACACCAUGCUGCUUCUCUGGGUGUGUUUUCAUAGUGAGACGAGAGUCCUCAAGAGAAACUUCAUCAAAUAUAUUCAGUUUUGGAAGAUGAUAUCUUUAAUGCUUCCUGUCUCAAAAAUUCUCAGGAAUAUGAAGGUGUAGUCUUUGGUUUGGGGUUUUCGUUCCUCCUUUGGUUCAGCUUUUGAAGUACUUUUCAUGUUGACGGCAGAGGAGAAUCCAGCUGCUCGCCAUUUGAUGGCCCUGCAUUGGCUCUAGACCCCGUGAGGGUGUGCUUGUGAGCCAGGUGAUCCAGGCUGUGGGACUCCGAGGACACUUGUGAGUGGAGGGAGACGUUCUUUCAACUUGGGAAAGUGGAAUUACCUAAACAUGGAUGAUUUAAAAAUUUUUUUCUUCUGUGUAUUUCUUGUUCAUGUCUUAUCAUGAAAGUGACAACAUAAACUAUUUGUGUUCUUUUUGUGAUUGACUUAUUUUGCUCAACAUAAUAUCCUCCAGGUUCAUCCAUGUUCCAGGAUGUUUUGGAAUCUCACUUUUCUUUAUUGCUGAGUAGUAUUCCAUUGCAUGUAUGUACCACGUUUUACUUACUCAUUCAUCCGUUGAUGGGCACUUAGGUGGUUUCCAUCUUUGUGCUAUUGUAAAUAGUGCUGCAGUGAACAUCGGUGUGUAUGUGACAGGUGAUGGUUUUUUUUUUUAAUUGUGUUUCGGAUGAAAGUUUACAGUGCAAAUUAGUUUUUCAUUUAAAAAUUUAUGCACAAAUUGUUUUGUGACAUUGGCUGCAAUCCCUGCAAUGUGUCAGCACUCUCCCCAUUUGCCUGUCCACCCUGGGUUCUCUGUGUCCAUUCAUCCAGUUUUCCUGUCCCUUCCUGCCUUCUCAUCUUUGCUUUUGGGCGGGUGUUGCCCAUUUGGUCUUGUCUGUCUGAUUGAAAUAAGAAGUACGUUCCUCACGUGUGUUAUUGUUAGUUUUAUAGGCAUGUCUAAUCUUUGGCUGAAAGGUAGGCUUAAGGGAGUGGCUUCAGUUCUGGGUUAGCAGGGUGCCUGGGGGCCAUAGUCUUGGGGUUCUUCCAGUCUCUGUCAGACCACUAAAUCUGGUAUUUUUUUGUGAAUUUGAAUUUUGUUCUACAUUUUUCUCCUGCUCUGUCUGGGACCCUCUAUUGUGAUGCCUGUCAGAGCAGUCAGCAGUGGUAGCCGGGCACCAUCUAGUGUUUCUGGGCUCAGGCUGGUGGAUGCUAGAUGAUUAUUUUUAAUUUUUGGUAUCUAAAUGUUGCUGUUGUUAGCUACAUUCAAGUUGGCCCCUGACUCAUGGCAACUUCACUGUACAACAGAACAAAACGCUGCUUGGUCCUGCGGCAUCCCCAUGUUGGGUUGUGGACCUGACCUUUGUGACACAUAAGGUUUUCACUGGCAGAUUUUUAGAAGUAGAUGGCUAGGCCUUUCUUCCUGGCAUCUAAAUAAUAAUCUGCAUUUUUACUUAAUUUUAAAAUUGGGCUCCUGUCUUUAGGUGUCCAAUAAAAGUUUGGAGAAUGAAGUGUCUGUUGAAUCAAAAGAGUGCAGAGCCUUCAUCAGUAGCGUUUCCACAGUGUCUAAGAGGCAUGUGGCUAUAUUAGGUCAACUUCAUUCAUUUGGAAGGUAUUUAUAAAGGACCAGCUGUGUGCCAGGCUGUGUUCUAGGCAUAGGAGGGCUAACAGAAAACAUGGAGUCAAGGCCUUGGCUCUUGUGAAGUGAACAUUGUGGGGAAAUCAGAACAGUAAACAGGUUAAUAGUUAACAAGUAAUAUAAGGACUACAAAGAAAAUAAAACAGGGCAAUGUCAUAGGAGGGUUCUGAUGGGACAGUAUUACCUUCUUAUAUUAGUCUUUGAGUAGUAUUGCAGUUUACACCCAAACUAAACUAAACCCAUUGCCGUUGAAUCAAUUCCAACUCAUAGUGACCCUAUAGGACAGAGUAGAACUGCCCCAUAGGGUCUCCAAGGCUGUAGUCUUUAUGGAAGCAAACUGUCACAUCCUUCUCCCUAGGAGUAGCUGGUGGGUUUGACUUGCUGACCUUUCAGUUAGGACCCUAGGGUUUAACCACUGCGCCACCAGGGCUCCUUGCAGUUCACACAGGGGAGGUUUAAUGGCUUUUCUUUAUGAACAGCUGAAAACAUAGUGUUCUACAUUACAAUUAAUAUAUGUGUUGCGUAAUAUAGCCCUUGCAUUAGUUUAAAAUGGGUUUCUAUGUACAAUAUAGAAUUAAAGAAGAUUCUACUAUUUCUGGCUAAAAUAAUGUACAGCACUUUUCCCCUUACCUUCCAUUUUUCCCAUUUCCAUUUAUCACAACAUUGGUCAUUGGUGACAGUCAUUGAAAGUCAGAAGGAAGGAAGCAAAUGAGCAUUUAUGGAACCACAGUAUGUGCCAGGCCCAGAGUUUAACACUUUUGCAAAUAGAAGAUUCUUUGACCCUAAUAGCCUCCCUGUGAGGGUAGGAAGUGGAGUUGUAGAUGAGGAAACAGGCUCAUCAAGGUCAAAUGACUUUGCCUGUUAAGAGGCAAAACCAGGAUCCUUUAUUUUGGCAACGCAACUGGUAAUCGAUGUCCUCCAAAAGUUUUAAAAAAAAUGUUUUUAAACAUGUAUCUCUUAAAAGAAAUAAGGAUUUGAUGCAUGUGCAUUUUUAUUUUUUUGUGUGUUUCUUUAGGAAGCCAGUUGUUGUUAGAUGCCUUGGAGUCAAAUUCGAUUCCUAAUGAUCCCAUGUGACAGAGUAGAAUUGCCCCAUAGGGUUUUCUAGGCUGUGAUCUUUACAGGAGCAGAUAGCCAUUCUCCUGCGGAGCCACCGGGUGGGUUGGAGCCACUGGGUGGGUUCAAACCACCAAUCUUUUGGUUAACAUCUGAGUGCUUAACCGUUGCACCACCAGUGGUCUUUGUUUUCGUUAACUAGUGAUAUCUUCCUCACAACAUGGAUUUUAUUUUUAAGUUCCUUCAUAGUUAAAAAACAAAAUGAAACAUAUUUCUGCGUCUCUCUUCUCUUUGGCUCCAGUGUUGCUGUGGGCCGUCAAGUCCAUUUCAACUCACAGAGACCCUAUAGGACAGGGUGGAACUCCCCCAUAUGGUUUCCAAGGAGCGGCUGGUGGAUUUGAACUGUCGACCUUUUGGUUAUCAGCCUGAGUUCCUAACCACUUGUCAGUGUAAAUAUCCUUUGAAAAAUAAGUAGUCAUGAAGACCACUGCUUCAGAAUUAAAUGAAAUAGAAAACAGAAAAAUAAUUGAAAGAGUUAACAAGACCAAAAGCUGAUUAUUGAAAAAAAUUAACAAAACUAAUAAACCAUUGGCCAAACUGACAAAAGAAAAACAGAUGAGGAAGCAAAUAACCUAAAUAAGAAAUGGGAUGGGCGAUACUACAACAGACCCAACUGAAAUUAUAAGAACCAUAUAGGAUUGCUAUGAAAAAUUGUACUCUAACAAAUUUGAAAACCUGGAAGAAAUGGAUGAAUUCCUAGAAACACACUACCUACCUAAACUAACACAAACAGAGGCAGAACAACUAUGUAGACCCAUAACAAAAGAUUGAAAAGGUAAUCAAAAAAUUCCCAACAAAAAAAAGCCCUGGCCUGGACAGCUUCACUGCAGAGUUCUACCCAUCUUUCAGAGAAGAGUUAACACCACUACUACUAAAGGUAUUUCAGAGCAUAGAAGAGGAUGGAAUACUCCCAAACUCAUUCUGUGAAGCCAGCAUAUCCCUGAUACCAAAACCAGGUAAAGACUCCCCCAAAAAGAAAAUUACAGACCUAUAUCCCUCAUGAACUUAGAUGCAAAAAUCCUCAACAAAAUUCUAGCCAAUAGAAUUCAACAACAUAUCAAAAAAAUAAUUCACCAUGACCAAGUGGGAUUCAUAUCAGGCAUGCAGGGAUGGUUCAACAUUAGAAAAACAAUGAAUGUAAUCCAUCAUAUAAAUAAAACAAAAGACAAGAACCACAUGAUCUUAUCAAUUGAUACAGAAAAGGCAUUUGACAAAGUUCCACACUCAUUCAUGAUAAAAACUCUCAGCAAAAUAGGAAUAGAAGGAAAAUUCAGGAACAUAAUAAAGGGCAUUUAUACAAAGCCAACAGCCAACAUCAUCCUAGAUGGAGAGAACCUGAAAGCAUUCCCCUUGAGAUUGGGAACCAGACAAGGAUGCCCUUUAUCACUGCUCUUAUUCAACACUGUGCUUGGAGGUCCUAGCCAGAACAGUUAGGCUAGAUAAAGAAGUAAAGCGCAUCCAGAUUGGUAAGGAAGAAGUUAAAGUAUCUCUAUUUGCAGAUGACAUGAUCUUAUACACAGAAAACCCAAUGGAAUCCUCAAGAAAACUAUUGAAACUAAUAGAAGAGUUCAGCAGAGUAUCGGGAUAUAAGAUAAAUAUACAAAAAUCAGUUGGAUUCCUCUACACCAACAAAAAGAACAUUGAAGAGGAAAUCACCAAAUCAGUACCAUUUACAGUAGCCCCCAAGAAGAUAAAAUACUUAGGAAUAAAUCUUACCGGAGAUGUAAAAGACCUGUACAAAGAAAAUUAUAAGACACAACUGCAAGAAACCAAAAGAGACCUACAUAAGUGGAAAAACAAACCUUGCUCGUGGAUAGGAAGAUUUAACAUUGUAAAAAUGUCUAUUCUACCAAAAGCAAUCUGUAGAUAAAAUGCAAUUCGGAUUCAGAUUCCAACAAUAUUUUUUAAUGAGGUGGAGAAACAUAUCACCAACUUCAUAUGGAAGGGAAAGAGGCCCUGGAUAAGUAAAACAUUACUGAAAGAGAAGAACAAAGUUGGAGGCCUCACUCUACCUGAUUUUAGAACCUAUUAUACUGCCACAGUGGUCAGAACAGCCUAGUACUGGUACAACAACAGAUACAUAGACCAAUGGAACAGAAUUGAGAAUCCAGACAUAAAUCUAUCCACAUAUGAGCAGUUAAAUGGGUAAAAGAUAGUCUGUUUCACAAAUGGUGUGUGGCAUAACUGGAUAUCCAUCUGCAAAAAAACGAAACAAGACCCAUACAUCACACCAUGCACAAAAAACUAACUCAAAAUGCAUCGAAGACCUAAAUAUAAAACCUAAAAUGAUGAAGAUCGUGGAAGAAAAAAUAGGUACAAUGCUAGGAGCCCUACUACAUGGCAUAAACAGUAUAUAAAACCUUACUAACAAUGCAGAAGAGAAACUAGAUAACUGGGACCUCCUAAAAAUCAAACACCUAUGCUCAUCCAAAGACUUCACCAAAAGAUUACCUACAGACUGGGACAAAGUUUUUACCUAUGACAUUUCUGAGCAGCGCCUGAUCUCUAAAAUCUACGUGAUACUGCAAAAACUCAACUACAAAUAGACAAAUAACCCAAUUAAAAAAUGGGCAAAGGAUCUGAACAGGCACUUCACUAAAGAAGGCAUUCAGGUAGCUAACAGAUACAUGAGGAAAUGCUCAUGAUCAUUAGCCAUUAGAGAAAUGCAAAUCAAAACGACAGUGAGAUUCCAUAUCAUUCCAACAAGGCUGGCAUUAAUAAUAAUAAUUAUAAAUGUUGGAGAGGUUGUGAAGAGACUGGAACACUUAUACACUGCUGGUGGGGAUGUAAAAUGGUAAAAACCCAGUACCAUUGAGUCAAUUCGGACUCAUACCAACCCUAUGGGACAGAGUAGAACUGCCCCAUAGAGUUUCAAAGGAGCCCUGGUGGAUUUGAACUGCUGACCCUUUGGAUAGUAGCCAUAGCACUUAACCACUACGCCACCAGGGUUUCCGGUGCUUCCUUAAAAAAAAAACUAGAAAUAAAAUUACCAUACUAUCCAGCAAUCCCACUCCUUGGAAUAUAGUCUAGAGAAUUAGAGCUUUCACACGAACAGAUAUAUGCACACCCAUGUUCAUCGCAGCACUGUUCACAAUAGCAAAAAGAUGGAAGCAAUCAAGGUGCCCAUCAAUGGAUGAAUUCAUAAAUAAAUUAUGGUAUAUUCACAGAAUGGAAUACUACUCAUCGAUAAAUAACAAUGAUGAAUCCGUGAAACAUUUCAUAACUUGGAGGAAUCUGGAAGGCAUUAUGCUGAGUGAAAUUAGUCAGUUGCGAAAGGGCAAAUAUUGUAUAAGACCACUAUUAUAAUAACUGGAGAAAUAGUUUAAACAGAGAAGAAAAUAUUCUUUGAUGGUUACAAGAGGAGGGUGGGAGGGAGAGGGGUUUUCACUAAUUAGAUAAAAAAAAGUAGGUAAGAAUUAUUUUGGGUGGCGGGAAGGACAACACAAUAUAGACGAGGUCACCACAACUGCACUAAACUAAAAGCAAAGAAGUUUCCUGAAUAAACUGAAUGCUUCGAAGGCUAGCAUAGCAGGGGAGGGGGUUUGGGGACCAUGGUUUCAGGGGACAUCUAAGUCAGUUGGCAUAAUAAAAUUUAUUAAGAAAACAUUCUGCAUCUCACUUUGGAGAAUGGCUUCUGGGGUCUUCAACGCUAGCAAGCGGCCAUCUAAGAUGCAUCAGGAGGUCUCCACCAACCUGGAGGGAGAAUGAAGAACACCAAAGACACAAGGUAAUUAUGACCCCAAGAGACAGAAAGGACCUCAUAAGCCAGAGAUUACAUCAGCCUGAGACCAGAAGAACUAGAUGGUGCCUGGCUACAAGUGAUGACUGCUCUGACAGGGAACACAACAGAGAACCCCUGAGGGAGCCAGGAGGGCAGUGGGAUGCAGCCCCAAAAUUCUUAUAAAAAGACGAGACUUAACGGUCUGAGACUAGAAGGACUCUGGAGGUCAUGGUCCCCAGACCUGCUGUUAGCCCAAGACAGGAACUAUUCCCCGAGUCAGCUCUUCAGACAGGGAUUGGACUGGACAAUGAGAUAGAAAAUGAUACUGGUGAGGAGUGAGCUUCUUGGAUCAAGUAGACACAUGAGAGUAUGUUGGCAUCUCCUGUCUGGAGGGGAGAUGAGAAGGUAGAGGGGGUCAGAAGCUGGCCAGAUGGACACAAAAAUAGAGUGGAGGGAAGGAACGUGCUGUCUCAUUAGGGGGAGAGCAAUUAGGAAUAUAUAGCAAGAUAUAUGUAAAUUUUUGUAUGAGCGACUUGAUUUGUAAAGUUUCACUUAAAGCACAAUAAUAAAAAAAAAAAAGACCACUGCUUCAUACCAAGACCAGACACCUGAUUCUGAAGUCCCCUUCCGAGAGGUCAGAGUAUGUUGCUGGAAUUACGAAUCCACCAUACUCUCCUGGUUCAAGAGAAAUGAUCUCUCUUUGUCAAAUUGUAACAUGCCUAAUGCCCUAAUAAAAAUGUGGGGAAGGGCUGCGGUUUGACUCUAGUGUGAGCCUCAUCUCCCACGAUGCUUAUUUUAGGCAUGACCUUAGUGUUUUUUUCCAGAGUCCAGAGGUGGAAUGACAUGUUACUCAAGUUUAAAAGAUGAUGAUAUAUCUGUUUUUAUAUUUAGCUGUAAAUUUUAUUCUGGUCAUAAACAAACCCACCUUCAGUAACCACCGGGAAAGUUAUUUCCAUCCCCCUAGUUUCAUUUGGAUACAUUUGGUUUAGAACAGCACAGUGUUUCCAUAAUAACAUUUGAACAGGAUGCUUCUGUGUUGAUACACAGGUUUAAGGGAGUUUCAGUGUGGGCCAGGAAACUACUUUCUUAAAAAGAAACUUAAACACUCAAGUCUGACAAGGUAGGAAACUCUUACUAGCCUCCUUAUUAAACCGAUUUUUGUUUCCCCUGCUUUCUUAUGAAUAUCUAUUUCUCUGUGUGUUACUAACCAUAUACAGAUUGAAUACUUAACUAAUUGUAAGUUCGUAUGUAGGAUAAGUAACUCAGGUCCAGAAAGGGGGAAGAAAUUGUUUUGAGGGGCUUGUUUAAUAAAGCACAUGUAAAUGAAAAAUUAAAUUAAGUAUGUUUCCCAGGCACAGUGUGUUAUAAUUUUUUAGAGUAGAACUUCAUGGUAUUUCAUGAGGAAGCAAAAAAGGAAGGGAGAUUCUUACUCGGGCAGAGGGACAAUAGUAACCUUUCAUUAAGAGAGACAGAGUUCAACGCCAAGCUCUUCAGACCCUGGGCGCUGGGUUAGUUGAACCAAACAGCCACCAGCUAUUUCCUCUCUCUUUUGUGGAUCAGACUGCUUUAAAAUUGUUGAUCCAAUGUAAUCUAAAAUGUAUGAUUUGUAAGUUACAACCCAAUAGAAUAACAUUGAGAGAGGCUGCGUUAUGUAUUUGUUAUACAUUCUUAAAAUCCUAAUGAACAGAUAAUUAGGCUCUUUGUGUUUUUUAAGAGCUUUACAUAUGACCUCUUAGUUACAGGAUGAGGUCUCAGGAUGAGGUCUCAGGAUGAGGUCUCAGGAUGAGGAGAGUGUGGGUUUGGUCCUGUGCCCAGGAUGGGUUCACUGGUUUCCAGUGUGAAGAAGAGAGAGCCCUGUCCUUCAUCGACUUCAAUUCUCCCUGAGAUUGUUCACGCUGUACACGUGGAAGUGAAGCGUGCCCAUUUACCUAUUUGUUGUCGUGUGCCAUCAAGUUGAUUCCAAGUCACGGUGACUCUAUGUGACAAAGUAGAACUGCCCCAUAGGAUUUUCUAGGCUGUAAUCUUUACAGCAGGAGAAAGAUAUGGUAGUCUGCUUCCGUAAAGAUUACAGCCUUGAAAACCCUGUGGGGCAGUUCUCUUCUGCCCUACAGGGCCCCUAUGAGUUGGAAUCCACUCCACCGCAACAGGUUUAAUCUUAUGGAAGCACAUCACCAGGUCUUUUUCCCAAAGAGCUGCUGAGUGGGUUCCAACCACCAUCCUUUCAGUUAGCAGCCGAGCACUUCACUGUUAUACCACCUUUAUUUACCUAUUACCAGUUACCAGUGGGAACCCUGGUGGUGUAGUGGUUAAGAGUUUGGUUGCUAACGAAGAGGUCAGCAGCUCAAAUCCACCAGGUGCUCCUUAGAAACCCUGUGGGGCAGCUCUGCUCUGUCUAAUGGGGUCGAUAUGAAUCGGAAUCUACUUGAUGGCAAUGAGGUUUUUUUUUAGUUACCAGUACUGCAAUUUGUGAAUAAAAACCCUUUAUGGCCGCAAAGGACACUGACACUUUCAGAGAUCUCUGACAAUGACGAAGAUCCUAAACACAACGAGGAACUAGGAAGUAAUUUAAACCCCUUUUGUGCAGAAGAAUGUCACCUCGUUCCCACGCUAAAGUUCAUGCCCUUUACUCCUAAGAGCCAGGCCAUCAUUCUUAACUGAUUUGCUUUUUUAAAAAAUACACUUUCUUAUAGGAUUGGUAAUCGGUUUUUUCUCCAGCCAAAAGAAAUAACAAAUAGGUUAAAUUAGGACUCCAUUUGGAGACCUACAAAUUAUUAGGGAAGUGAUUUUAAGAGUCUGGUUGCAAGGAGAAGACCAACAUGCUAUUAAAACCAACUUGGAGACUAGAAAACGCAGCGGUCUGAGGCCCUUUUUCGUAGGGCCGACGGUAAUGAGAUCUCAACAGCUCUUGAGGUUAUCGCUGGAUUGUAGCACAGGGUGGUCUUAGUUAUUGCUAAUGAUGCCCCUGAGUCAUCAAGAAAGGAUUAUUUUCCAUGCGAAUAGUUGAAGAGUUCAGGGGCAGUAGGUAAUAAGUUCCAGAAAUGUCUCCAUUAACAAAUGGUUAAAUUUUUUUCAAAGUUUAGGCUUCAGUCAUCUAAAAAAUUUACUUAUAUGAAAUGGUUCAUUCCAAAAUGUAGUCAAAGAAAGAAAGCAAAGCAAUAGCAGUGUAAAAAAAAAAUAAUAAAUUGAAGAGGUUAAAAACCAAAAACCAAACCCAUUGUGGCUGAGUCAUUUCCAACUCAUAGUGAUCCUAUAGGACAGAGUACCAGUGCCCCAUAGGGUUUCCAAGGAGCAGCUAGUGGAUUCGAACUGCUGACUUUUUGAUUAGCAGCAGAAUUCUUAACCGGUAUGCCACCGGGGCUCCUUUAGGAGGCCAUAGAUGGCAUUUGCUUACUUGUUAGGUUUCUUGUCUUCUCCUACCUCACUAUUCAGAAUAGAGAAUUAGUGGAAACUAGACUCAGGUGGACAAAGAUAGUUAUUUCUGGGAGAGUUUUUGCACUGACUUAUUCCGUCUGUACAUAAGUUAAAUUUUACACAUAUCUAGAAUAGCUGGACUGCCGGCUGCAUGACUCAGAGGCGUUUGUGUGAGGUGCUGCCUCGCCAUGCAGUAACUGAGCAUUGUCCUCACAACUUCACUUUGAAACUACUGCACAAUAAAAUGUGACCGUUUGUUCAUUGGACAGUUUCCAUGCCUACUUGGUUGCUGGGCAUGAUCUCUGGCUUUGUGGAAGGCAGUCUCCUGGGAAAACAGACACACAAACAGAUAUAAUCCAGUGAAAGUUAAGGAUGGCUUCACAGAGGAGGGGCCGUGUGGCCUGGGUCUUGAAGAAUAAGUAAGAGCUUGCUCUGUGGAGGAUGGGAACGGGUGUCCUGUGCAAAUAAAUAGUCACUUAAGAGCCUGAUAUACUUGGGGAAUGGUAGAAAGGUCAGAGUGACUGGGGUAUAGAAAUUAUGGGGUAGAAAUAUGGGGUGAAAUAGAGGGAGAUGAUGUUGGGGAAUGGUUGAAGGAAAAUGACCCAAGACUCUGUGCGCCAUGAAGUAGUUCAGAUUUGGAUUCUUUAUGCAGGGGAGAGCCAGGAAGGCUUCUAGCAGGAUAGUGAGUGACAGGAUUAGUUUUUUGGGGGGAGGGGGGAAUCCUGUUGGCAGCAGUAUGUUGCUGGGUGGAAGGGCAGCAGGGAGACCAGAUGGGAGGAUGAGGCAAGUGUCCACCAAGGCAGGGGCAGUGGGAACAGCCAGAUUGGGGCAGACAUGAAAGGCAUUUCCAAUGUAGAAUCAAAAGGUUUAGCAUCUUGACUUGAGGAAUAUGGAUGCGAUUUAGUCAUCACUGAAUACUCAGUGCUUAGCACACAGAGCAGGUACGUUUUUCUUAACUGCCAUCAAGUUGGCCCCAACUCAGGGUGAACCCACGCAGAGUAGAAUAGAAUGUGGCACAGUCCUUCACCAUCCCCCCAGUUGGUUUUGGUAGGACUGUUGUGAUCCAUAGGGUUUUCAUUGGACUGAUUUUUGGAAGUAGAUUGUUGGGCCCUUCUUUGUAGUCACCUUAGUCUGGAAGGUCUGCUGAAGUCUCUUCAGCAUCAUAGCAACACUCAAGCCUCCAAUGACAGAUGGGUGGUGGCUGCAUAUUGGUGCUUUGGUUGGGAAUCAAACCUAGGUCUCCUGCAGGGAAGGUGAGGAUUCUACCACUAAACUACCACUGCCCCUGUAAAUAUAUAGUAGGUGCUCAGUGACUGACUGAAUGAGUGGACAGCUGGCUGGGUAGAGGCUUACAGACAGGGGUGCCAGUGUUCAAGGGACACCCAAGCUACACUCAUGACAAUGAGAAAGCUAGUGUUCACGUGAUGUGUACUGUGGACCAGAUGAUUUCUCAACGUUGUACCUGUACUAACUUACUGAUUUCGUGCAACAGUCCAGUGAAGUUGGUGUGGUUUGUAUCUUUGUCUUACAGAUGAGGACACUGAGGCUUGGAGAGGUGACUAAUUACAACUGUUCCAUUGAUUGAGCUGGGGUUUGAGCCCAGGUGAUCUUGGAGUACUUUGUGCUCUUAAUGACAAUAUUAUGCUGUAAUCUCUGCUUUUGGAGUCUCUGGGAAGCUGCUUCUAUAAAGGCCCCAGAAGCUACAUGGGGCAAAAAACCAGUGACAGGAAGCAGAGAAGCCUGUUUAGGAAACCAUUUAUCUACAGUAGACAUACCAUCUGAGAUGACCUCUGUAGAAAUAACAAUGAUAAUAAUAACAAUACUGCAGCCUUUUCCCUGGUCUAAGAGACUCAUUUCAUAGUGAAGAUGGAAUUUAUCUAGGCAGUAGUACUAGAAAGAGGCAGUUGAGGUAAAAUACUCAAAUAUAAGGUAGCAUACAACUGUUUUCUGCAUGCUGUCCCAUCCAUACUUAGCCUUCCCUAUUGUGUAGUCAUGUUGUCUGCUUGCCAUUUGUAGAUUGGCCUUAUUGUAACUUGGCUCACUAGUUGGUUCGGAAGGGAGAGAGGAGUCUGGGCAUCUAGAGACCAUUUUUUACCUGACCUUGAGUUUGCCCUUAACAGACCUGGAUAAGCGGAGAAGGGGUCCUUUAAGUUAAACAUUGUUUUGGGGAUAGAAGGCUGUGGCUUUCUGGAAUGAAGGAUAGUGACUUGGGUUUCCCAGGUGGCCUGCUGGAGUAAUCCGGGCUCUGUGGCCUUCAGGUAUGUGCAGUCAUGGAUCAUUACAACCUCAACCGAAGCUGUGUUUUCCCGACACAGGUCAGAGUCAUAUAAAAUAAACUCUUGUCAUAACAAAUGAUACAGCAGCCAGAUUACAUCUUAGAGCUCCUUCACUAAUUUACUCAUGAGGGCAGCGAUUUGCUCAUCUGCGUGGGGGAAGAGAUUCCAUUUUUAUGCUGAUUCUAAUUGGGGGGUCUGUCUUGCUCUACUACCCUCGUAAAUGGUGAUAAAUAGGGGUGGCCGUUGCAGCAUGGAGAAAGAGUGAGGGCCUGGAAACUGAGCCAAGCUCUCUGGGCUCCAAUUUUAUGCAAAUUUGGUUAACAGAAUGCAAAUGAUUUCACAGUAAUACAGGACCCAGGGACAAGUGCUCAUCUGUUUUCAGCAGUCUCCCUAGGCUUUUUAGAAGCAGCCACUUUAGAGACAGGAAAGUCUGCAGUGAGGCAGGUGAAAGGCAUCUUAGGAGGCAUGGCCCACCCCAUCAGAGGGCACCACACCUUAUACCUGGAAUUCCACCAUUAACAGCUUUACCUGUGGCAGCCUGCAAGCCAGGACCUUUAGGUUUUGGGAACAGGGAAAGCUCAACCCAAACAAAUGUUUCUUUUGUUACUGUUGUUGGGUGCCAUCGAGUUGAUUCUGACUCAUGUGACAGAGUAGAACUGCCCCACAGGGUUUUCUAGACUGUAGUCUUUACAGGAGCAGAUCACCAACCAGGUCUUUCUCCCGUGGAGUCGCUGGGCAGAUUCCAACCCUGAACCUUACAGUUAGCAGUUGAGCACUUAACCAUUCUGUCACCAGGGCUGUCCUCUUAUCCCAGAGAUUUUCAUGAUUACAGUCAAUAUCCGAAUCACCUAUUCAUUCUGCCCAUGUUUAUGGAGUAGUUCUCAAUGUUAGUUCUCGGCACUAGGCUUUGGAAGAAGGCUAGUGUGUAUGUAGCAAUGGAGUAUGGAAUUGUGACACUGUGUCUAAAUCUAGUCCUGCACUGUCUCAUGUGAUAGUCAUUAGCUACAUGUGCCUACGGAGCUUGUGAAGUGUGGCUUGUUCAAACUGAGAUGUGAUUUGAGUGUAAACUCUACACUGGAUUUUGUGUUGAAAUGAUAGUAUUUUGGAAUAUUGGUUUAAAUAAAAUAUAUUAAAUGUGGAUACUAGAAAAUUUUAAAUUAUGUAUGUAGUUCAUAUGUUUUUACUGGCUUGCACUGGUCUAGACUGCUAAUCAUUUAUUGGAUAGUGUGGUCCCCUUUAAAAAGUUUUUUUUAAUGUGGUAAAAUCUAUAUAUACAUAUAUUUUUAAAUCUAUGUAACAACACUUUGCCAUUUCAGCCAUCUUUACGUGUACAGUUCAGUGACAUUCAUUAUAUUCACCAUUUUAUGCAACCAUCACCACAGCUCAUUUCCAAGUUUUUCAUCACCCUUAGUUGAAACUCAGUGCCCUUAAUAAAAAUAGUUCCCAUUUUAUUUUCACAUUUGGAUAUUAUUAUAUACCAACCCUAUAGGACGGAGUAGAACUGCCCCAUAAGGUUUCUGAGAAGUAGCUGGUGGAUUUGAACUGCUGACCUUUUGGUUAGCAGCCGAGCUCUUAACCACUGCGCCACCAGGGCACCAUAUAUCGGGGUGGAAAGACCUUUUCCACAGGUAGGGUAUAGUUUGGAAUCUUAUGUGGCAUGUUCAUAUUCUUGUUUGAUCCCACCAUUGGCUCAGCGAGGAGGAGAGGAAGGCUGGCUGUGCUUUUCCAGGUGAGCAUAUUGAGGCAUAGAUUGACACAGUGGCCACAAUGGUGGGCUCAAGCAUAGCAGUGAUUGUGAGGAUGGUUCAAGACCAGGCAUUGUUUCCUUCUGGGAUACACAGGGUCUCUAUGAGUGAGAACCAACUCGACGGCACCUAACAACAACAACAACGUAUUGAGGCAUAAGGAGCCCUGGUCGUGCGGUUAAGCGCUCGGCUGCUAAUCCUAAGAUUGGUAGUUCAAACCUGCCAGUCGCUCCAUGGGAGAAAGAUGUGGCAGUCUGUUCCUGUAAAGAUUACAGCCUUAGAAACCCUAUGGGACAGUUCUCCUCUGUCUAUAGGGUCACUAUGAGUCGGAAUUGACUCAACAGCGACGGGUUUAUAUUGAGGCAUAAGAGGAGGGAGUUAUCAACAGAUCAGUGAUUAAACAAAAUAUGGUGUAUACAUUGUUGUUUUUAGGUGCCAUCGAGUCUGUUCAACUUACAGUGACCCCAUGUGACAGAGUAGAACCUGCCCUAUACGGUGUUUUAGGCUGUAGUCUUUAUGGGAGCAGAUCUCCAGGUCUGUGUUCCACAGAGCCACUGGAUAGGCCUCGAACCACCAACCUUUCAGUUAGCAGCUGAGCGCUUCACCAUUACACCAUCAGGGCUCCUUGGUAUAUACAUACAAUGCAAUAUUAUGUAGCUAUAAAAAGGAUUGAAGUUCUGACACAGGCUAUGACAUAGGUGAACCUUGAAGAUAUUAUACCGAGUGAAAUAAGUCAGAAAUAAAAUGACAAAUAUUGUGUGAUUCCACUUAUAUAAGGUACCUAGAAUAGGCAAGUUCAUAUGGACAGAAAAUAGAAUAGAGGUUACCAGGGGUUGGGGAGCGGUAAUGAGAAGUUAUUGUUUAAUGAGUAUAGAGUUUCUCUUUGGGAUGAUAAAAAAGAUCUGGAAAUAGAGAGUAGUGAUGGUUACACAACAUUGUGAAUGUACUUUAAUGCCACUGAAUUGUACACUCAAAAAAAGCUAAAAUGGUAAAUUUUACCAAAUUAAAAAAAAAAAAAAGAAACACUUGCCCACCUGCUCAGGGAGCAGGGAGUGGAACUUCAGUCUUGGGACUUCUAGUCCAAUGCUUGUUAGAAAUAUGCCAAAAAUUACCCAUGGAAAUGUUUAUUUUUAUUUCCAUAUCAAAGGUAAUAGAACACGUUCAUUGAGAAGUAAAUAUUUCCGUGUGUUUUUAUGUGUGUAAAUACACACGAACAUGCUCUGCAGCUGGCUCGUGUAACACAUUAACCAAAGGCUGUAGGUAAUAGUUGAUGUAAAGGUGUGAAUAAUGGCCCAUUUUGGGAUCUGUCAGGUGAAAGGCAGGGUCAGGAUGGCAGGCAUGGUGUUGUAACAAGGGAUGUUGUGUUUUGUUGGAAGUCAGCUAUUGUCACGUCAUAUUCCUGGCAGUUCGAAGAAGGGUUGGUGGAUAUCAUGUAUCAGACAGGCCUGAGGUUGAGUUUCAGUCAUGGCUGGGAUGAAAGAACAAGGCAGGUACCUGGACCAAAGAAGCCAGAGAUCUGAUCCAGGAAGUCGGCAAUAGGGAGGGGACAAGGUCCGGCUUUAGGGAAGCAGAGCAUAGCCCUGGGAGAAACUUUAGGGACAACAGCAGACAAGGACCUCAGUGAGAUCAGCAUGUGGUUGAGGGCACUCAAGAGCCUUCAGGCCUAUUUUUCCUGCUCUGAAAGGAGCUUGUUGUUUGGGCAGGUCACAAACUUUUCUGAGCUUCAGUUUCUUCAUGUGCAGACAAGGGAGUUGGAUUAGAAGGUCUCUCACCAACAUAUUGUGGUUCUAUGAGUUUGGAAGCCCAGAGAAUCAGGAGGAGUAUCAACAAGCUGCCAAUUAUAGAGAUUUUGGUCUUCACUACCAUUUUUUCUACUGUCUAAUGUAGUUGGAAGGAGCCCUGGCAGUGCAGUGCUUAAGCACUCAGCUGCUAACCAGAAGGUUGGCAGUUCGAACCCACCUAACAGCUCCACAGGAGAAAGACCCAGCAAUCUGCUUCAGUAAAAAUUACUGCCAAGAAAACUCUAUGGGCCAGUUCUACUCUGUAACAUGGGGUUGCUAUGAAUCAAAAUUGACAGACGGCACCUGACAACAACCAUGUACUUGGGGGCACUGAAGCCCACUGUAAAUGAUGUCAUUGGCCUGGCCCAUUCGCUUGCCCCUGACUGAAACUUGGCAGAGCCUAGCUGCAGCCAGUGCAUACAUAUUGAAGUAUAGUAUUUAAAACCAUGCGUACUUUACUUCCUUGUCUUUCCUGGCUGGCUGUUCUCCGUAUUGCUUUACUUUCCGUGAGUUAUAAUUAUUUCUCAUAUCUUUAGAGUUUAGUGUUAUGCAAGUAGUAAUUCUCCCACAUUGAUCUUAUGCUUUAGUAAGAUUGUGGCUUGCUCUCUGUAAGUAUUUUCCCUGACUUCUUGUGAGUUAAAAAGCUUUUGGCUUGUAGAUGAAUGACAUAUGAAUUUUGCUACUUUUUAAAGGCUGUAUUUUUUUAAAAAACUUUAUUGUGGUGAAAUAUAUAUAAUGAAACUUGUGCCAUUUCAACCAUUUUGAAGUGUUUAGUUCAGUGACAUUGAUUACACUCACUGUGUUGUGCAGCCAUCACCACUCUUUGUUUCCACAUUUUUCCAUCACCCUUAACAGAAACUUGGCACCCCUUAAAUAAUACCUCCCCAUGUCCCCUUCCUAGUAACCACUAAUAAACUUUGGUCUUGAUCCAUUUGCCUAUUCUAGAUAAUGUCAUUUAAGUGAGACCAUACAAUAUUUGUCCUUUUGUGUCUGUUUUCUUAGCAUAAUGUAUUUAGUUCAUCCUUGUCGUAGCAUAUAUCAGAGCUUAUUUCUCUUCACGGCUGAAUUAUUUAUAGCCACCCAUUGCUGUUGAGUCAAUUCCGAUUCAUAGCAACCCUAAAGGAGAGAGGAGAACUGCCCCAUAGGGUUUCCAAGGAGCGCCUGGUGUAAUAGAACUGCUGACUUUCUGGUUAGCAACUGAUCUUUGAACCACUAUGCUGUGUGUAUAUAUAUAUAUAUAUAUAUAUAAAUAUAUAUAUAUUUUGGAGCCCUGGUGGCACAGUGGUUAAGAGCUACAGCUGCUAACCAAAAGGUUGGCAGUUCGAAUCUGCCAGGUGAUCUUUGGAAAUCCUGUGGGGCAGUUCUACUGUGUCCUAUAGGGUUGCUAUAAGUUGGAAUCGACUUGACAGCAAAGGGUUUGGUUUUUUUUUAAUGUAUAUAUUACAUACAUAUAUGUGUAUGUGUGUUUGUGUGUAUAUUUAUAUAUAUAAAAUCACAUAUCAUUAUUUUGUUUAUCCAUUCAUCUGUAGAUGGACACUUGGGUUGUUUCUACUUUUUGGCUACUGUGAAAAGUGCUGCAAUGAACAUUGUUGUACAAGUAUCCGUUUGCAUCCCUGCUUUCAGUUCUUUUGAGUAUAUACCUAGAAGUGGAAUUCUGGAUCAUAUGGUAAUUCAGGGAUCUUGGUGUCACAACCGUUAAGUGCUCAGCUGCUAACUGAAAGGUUGGCGGUUCGAAUCCACUCAGUGGCUCCACGGGAGAAAGACCUAGCAACCUGCUCCUGUAAAUAUUAAAAAAACAAAUCCAAACCUGCUGCCAUUGCGCUGAUUCCCACUCACAGUGACCCUAUAGGACAGAAUAAGACUGCCCCAUUGAGUUUCCAAGGAGCAGCUGGUGGAUUCGAACUGCUGACCUUUUGGUUAACAGCAGAGCUCUUAACCACUGUGCCACCAGGGAACCCCCAUAAAGAUUACAGCCUAGAAAAUCCUAUGGGACAGUUCUGGUCUGUCACAUGGUGUCACUAUGAGUCAGAAUUGGCUCAACAGCACCGACAUGGUUACUCUCUGUUUAACUUUUUGAGGCACUACCACCCUGUUUUCUAGACUGUGUUUUAAUUGCUUUUAGUGGAUGUGGGGAGACAAAAGCCUCUGGGUCUUGGGAUGGCUUUGAGUUUUGCAGAGAAUCAUUCCAGGAGUACAUUCCCCCAGUGAGGGUUCCAGCCACCUCUUCUGCCUCAUUGUACUUUGCUGAGCACCGAGCAGGCUGGCACCAUUUCUGCUGGAAUGAAAAGAUUGGCAGAGCUGCCCCAGACAACAGCCCCACAGAACACUGUGGCAGAAGGUUUGGUCUACAUACCAAGGCAGCCAGAGUAUUAAUUGUAUUCUCUGUGAUCACAAAAAAAAAAAAAAAAAAGGCGCUGAAUUAUUCUCUUAACGUUUUCAGAAUGACAGGCUUUUGCUCUGCCAGAAGUAAGCAUGAUAAACCACAUGGAGGGAGAUGCUGGAUUUGAGAAAAAAGCAUAGGAGUGAAGGUCUCUGGUAGCCAGCUAGUUCUUUAAAAAGAGCUAAAGAUGAGCUGUUGAGAACGGGUACCUGUAAGAGAUCAGGAGCAGGGUAAGGAAAGGUUGCCAUAAGUUUACAUGAGCUACCGACGAGUUUUCCAUUUUGAAAUCUGAUUUUAAAUUUCUAAACGGGACUUUUUCAAGUGGCCUGUUACAACUUGAUCCCAUUUCCCAUUGUGUUUGUGUGUGUAAUGGAGAAAAACUGGUUACGGUGAUUUCUGUGCCUACUUAACCUUCCCCCACCCUGUUACACACACACACACCACACCUCUCCUAACAUCCAGCGUUCCCCAGACUCACCACACUCCCUCAGGUUGCCGUUCCUUGCACCCCCUUCCCAGUCCCUAGGGGCACUCGCACCCACCGCAACACAUACCCAUUUUCUUCCUGGUCCUCCUUUCAGGCUUAUUCCAAGUCUCGCCGCUAUGAACCUGAAGAGGAGAUUUUGUAAAGAACUGUUUGUGAUGGUUUGACUUGGUUGGGAGAAUAGAAAAAACAGGUGUCUGCCUGUGUAUUGGGGAUUUUCCUAUGCUGAAAAUUGUUAUUCUGUGCAGCACCCCACCCUGCCUUCACAACCCCGAAAAAGAGAAGUACGAGCACUACCGAUGUUUAGGGUUUGAGUAUGGUUUGAUUUAAAAUGUUCAGUGGAUCAGAGAGAAUUUUAUUCUGGGCAGUACAGUCGGGCUGGAGAGAUGUUUUGAUUUUAUAUUAUUCAGUCUAGUCUCCCCAUCCCUGCUCAUUAUGUGCUGUUUGGUUGUGGGGCGGGGGAUGCUUUAAGAGGGCUGAGUCUAACCAGGCUGGAUCGGUGCACAUCUCACAUGUUCACAUGAGGCUUUAAAGCCCAGCUUGACUCUUCUCAACUUCCCCCACAGCCGUGUGAGGGCCCAGCAGCCGCCAGGUCUUGGUACCAGAGCCAUCAUUAGCACCACCUGUGACCCUCCGUGGAGGAAGAAGGCCCAGACCAUGAAUGUCUUCCAUCUUGGGGUCUGUGUGCCCACGACAUCAUGUAAAGAGCUUGCUCUCCCUUUCUGGUGCUUGAUAAGACAGCGCUUCAUUGAGCGGGACCCUUCUGCACCAGAAACGGUUUCUGGCCCUCCCCACCAAUGCACCCCACCUAGUUCACCCACAGAACUAGGAACUAUUAAGCCAUUCCUUAGUAUAUCAUAUCAUGUGGCUGAAGAAACAGUCAUUCAAGACAUGGGUCUUUCAUUCUUGUCUUUCAAAUACCAUUCAUUUGCUGUCCAUUUACCUGGCACUUGCUCCGCGUCAGGCACUAAAUGAUCCUUCUUUGGUGGGUGAGCCAUGCCAUUUAUUAUCAGAGCGCAACCCCCAACUCAGAGUUGUAUGUGCCAAUACAAUAUAUAAAGUCUAGAUUAUGUGCAAUUCAGAAGGAAAGGCUUUCUAAAAAUAUUUUAUUAUUCACUGAUGAUACAAUUGCUUGUUGUUAUUGGUAGGUGCCAUCAAGUCAGUUUGGACUCAGUGACCCCAUGUGAAGAGUAGAAUGGCCCUAUGAGGUUUUCUUGGCUGUAAUCUUUACAGAAGAAGAUCACCAUGUGUCUCUCCCUAGGAGCCACUGGGUGGGUUUGAACUGCCAAGCUUCUGGUUAGCAGUGGAACACUUAACCGUUUGUACCACCAGGACUCCUUUAAGAGUAUUUUGUUUAGAUGUUCACUUUAAAAUCUCUUAGGUUGCCAUUAUUCAUGUCUACGAUGGCCAUAAAGUUUAUCGUUCAAUCUAGGAUACUUACGAGAAUGAAAACAGGCAUAUUAAAUAUUUUACAAGGGCAUAAUGGUAAACUGGGAUAGUCCCAGGCCAACUGGUACAUUUAGGGGUAACUCUGAACAUAGAUAUGUUUUUAAGGACAGGGCAGUUGGUUUUGUGAUGAGUCCUUCCAGUAUUUUUCUGAAAACCAAGUGAACUAUUUUCAUAGGUUUCAUUAUAAACCACUCUAAAAGCAUAUCUGCUAGAACCGCUCUAAAAAAAGCCAGUAAUCAAUUGCCGUUGAGUCAGUUCCAACUCAUGGCGAGCCCACGUGCGUCAGAGUAGAACUGUGUAUCGUAGGGUUUUCAGUGACUGAUUUUUUGGAAGUAGAUCACCGGGGUUUUCUUCUGAGGGACCUCUGGAUGGACUCGAACCUCCAAUCUUUUGGUUAGCAGUCGAGCAUGUUAAUCGUUUGCACCACCCAGCAACUUCAGAACUACUCAAGUUGGUCUCUGAAGUCUUCCUCUAGGAGUUAUCCAGGCUGUCUCCAUCCCCACCUUCAUGGUCCACGCUGCUGCCCCUUUUCUUAUGACAUGUUACAGAGGUCUCCUGUGAACUCAAUACUGCUCUAAAGUGGGUUGGAGCCUUCUUGGGCUCUAACUGAACUUCCUUCCCCUGGGAUUCUUUUAACCAUUUCCCUGAACCACUUUCUUGAAAUUCAUUCCUUUAAGAUCCUAAAAAUAGGAAGAAGGGAUAUAAACCAGAUUCUGUUUCUGUUUCAGUGAGGUUGUCUUCUACCGUUUUUGACAUGAGAGAACACAUCUAGAAAAUUCCUUCUGCAGUUUUUUCCAUUUUGUUGAGCAGGAAAAGAAAAGAAUAUUCAUGAAUAUCCCAGGUCCUUGUUUGAUAGUGUGACAAAAUGGUCCCAGCUAUGCUAAGCUAUUCAAGGCUAUUUGCUGUGCAACUGUAUUGUUUAAUGUGCUCUUGCGUGUGUUCUUACCCACUGGGAUUGUGCUCCUUGGCUUAAAUAGCAAGCUUCAAGAGAGUGGGAGCUAUGUUUGUUUAACGUCCUCUCAGUGAUCCCCAGUGCAGGGCUGAUACUUGACCGGUGGUUCCCGGGGCUGAUGAUGGUUCCUUAGCUUACGUAAGGCAGUGCGUGACCGUAGCUACCCAACUAGGUAACAUUCUCCUCAGCGCUAUAUUGGGAAUUUUUGGUGAGAAGAGUGAUGACUCUUUGAAAAAUGUAGCAUAUUUUUUAUGACUGUGAACUUCCAUCUCCUCACUCAAAAUAAUAACACAUUUUGGGAACAAUUUAGUGAUUCUUUAAACAAAGAAGAAUAAAAAACCAAGUGUAUGUUCCUCAAGAAUUUGAUAUUGGAAGAAAAUCAGCUUUGUCUUGCUAAGACACUCUUAUCCAUUUUUUGCUUUUUUGCACUUUCAAUCUGCAGCGAAAUGAGGCCACAGGAAAAGGAUGGCGUACCUUCAAAGAGGCCGUUGGGUUGGCUGUGUUCUUUCUCUUCGUGGAAAACAGCUGUGGGCGCGGCUUUUGUUCCAUGCAAAGGUGGGAAGGCCGGGUCAUGAGACACGUCGUCGCUUCUCUGUGGAGGAGGAGCUGGCAGAUGUUGAACUGCUUUAUCAACAUCUUCGAAGGCUUUGAAAUGUGUGGCUGGUAACCUGGGAGAGAGCCGGGUGGGAUGAGGGUGGGAGUAGGAAGGAAAUAUUCAUCCCACACAGCACGCACAUCCUCUCUCGUUUUUAAAUCUGUGGUAACUGCAGGUUAAACGAAUUAGGUUAGUCCUUUCCAUUGCCUUCCACCAAAUAGCAGUACUUAUUUAAGCCCUUCGUUUUUUUCCUGCUGAGUGAAGCAUUAACUCAGUCUAUGAAAGGAAAUCUGUUCAAAGGAAGGGGUUAUGUUUCCCUCCUUCUGUCAUGAUGUCUCUUUCAAGUGAAAUUUCAGCAGUGGAGUUUAUCCUUAGCUUUGUCAUAAAGAAUUACUGCCAUUGCCCUUAUUAUGAGUGAGGUGUUUUCUUUCUCUUGAGUUAAAAAUCAGUUCUUAGAACUCUCCUUUUGCUUUGAAAACUGUGUUUGGAAGGAAUGGAACUAGCUCUGAUUUCCAUUUUUAUGUUUAGUAAAUGCUUGGGAGGGCCCUUUCAUACUGCUCUUCUCAACUCAUUCUCUCCUCCCCCCGACCCCCCGCCCUUGCUAGUGACCUUAUGCUCUCCCACAGCUUUGAGUAUCACUGCUAUGCAGCUGAUUCUCAAACGGAGACUUCCGCAAGCUCCAGUUCUGCUUAUACGCUAUUUCCUGAUGAACCUUUCCACCUGGAUUUCCUGUUGGCAGCGCAAAUUAAACAUAUCAUCCAAAUAUUUAAUUCAGGAGUAAACUUAUCAUCAUCCCUCUAAAACCUUUCUUGGGGUUAGCAGUUCCUUUUACGUUAGCACCAUUAUUCUGCUCAUGCAGGCUCAGAACUUAGGUUGCAUUUUUACUCCUUCUCUUCAGCUCCAUAUGCUGGGAGUCACCAGGUCCUCCCAUCCGUUCCUUCCCUGUUAGUCUCAAGGCUACUACCCUAGGGCCCUAAAAAAAAAAAUAAAAAAUUUUAUCCUACGACCUGUUAUUUUCUCUGGCCCCGGUGAUUUCAUUAACCUUCUUUAGUUUCUCCUCCCUUCAGCUUCUCCUAGCUUUUGUAACAGAUUUGAUUAACAUUCUUCCCUAAUUGAAAAAAAAUGGCUCCUUUACCUUUACAAGGUGAAGUCUUCAUGCCCUCUUGGCCUGCUUAUCAAAUUCCUUUAUAAUCCUUCAUUUCAACCCACAUGAUCUUUUCAGCAUUAUUUUCUGCUCCUCUUUAGCAAGGUUUCCUCUUCUCUCAGACACCCCUCCCUUCUCUGCUUCUUUUCCUGCUUUUUUUUACAGCCCAGAGUGCUCUGCUUCCAUCCAACUUUUCCAAAAUUCUCUAUCCUUUUGAGGCUCAGAUCUGGUGUCACCUCCUAGGUAAAGGCACCCCUGUUGGGAGUGAGCCAGCUAACCUGCAGAUUUCUACCACCCUUCCAGCCUUCACCACAUAUUCCCUGAUACUGCCUGCAUAUACAAAUGUCUUCUCCUAGGUGUGAACUGGUGGAGGCCCAGGGCCAUGCCUUCUGCAUUUGAGUAUCUACCUCCAUUCCUAGAAUAAGGUUUCACACUAGUAAGUGCUCAGUGACAUUUUGCUAGAUAAAUGAGUAAAUGAAUGACGUAAAGUAGCUUUGCCUGUCUUACUUUAGGUCCACUUGUUCACUUCUCUCCUAGCUUCAUUCAUUCAGCAGUAAUAUACUAAGAGCUUAUUCUGUGCCAGACGCUGUGCCUAAAAACCAAAAAAACAAAACUGUUGCUGUUGAGUCAAUUCCAACUCAUAGUGACCCUACAAGACAGAGUAGAACUGCCCCAUAGGGUUUCCAAAGCUGUAAAUCUUUAUGGGAGCAGACUGCCACAUCUUUCUCCUGUGAAGUGGCUGGUGGGUUCGAAUCACUGACCUGUUGGUUAGCAGCUGAGCACUUAACCCCUGUGCCACCAGACCUGUAUGUGGGAUAUACCAGUGAGCAAAACAAAGACCAUGUCUGAAAGUACUUGCAUUCUAGUUUCUUAGUAAGACUUAUCCUGUUUGUAUUCACCUUGCCCAGCUCUUGAAGGAACGUAAGCAGUCAUUUUAAAUGUUAUUAGAAUUUGAAUCUAGCUUUGUAUUUUUGUUAUUCUGUGAUGCUAACCUUUGCUGCCAAGAACAUCGUGCCUUCUUGCGAGUUUGCACCUUCGAGGUUCUGGUUCUUAAAACUGGUUACAUAUUCCAGUGUCUGUGAGGGUGUUGAAAACUCUAUUCUACUGGGUGGUUCAAACAAUUAAUGUACUCGGCUGCUAACUGAAAGGUUAGAGGUUCAAGCCCAUCCAGAGGCACCUCAGAAGAAAGGCCUGGUGAUUUAGUUCUGAAAAAUCAGCCAUUGAAAACCCUGUUGAGUACAGUUCUAAUCUGACACACGUGACUUGGGGUCACCAAGAGUCGAGUCAACUUGAUGGUGACUGGUUUUUCCUUCCCUGACUACCAGUUCAAGUCAUUUUACAAAUUGCUCUGAAAUUUUGACAAAAGCCUCCUUGACUUCAGUCCAGUGUGCAGCACUGGAACCUCCGCUGCCCAGUGCCAGCCUGAAUGGUCACAGGCCGGUGCGCGUCGGUGCGUGUCUCCCUUUGGGUAUUUGCUACACAGUGUAAAACGAACAAACAAAACAGCAGCAAAUUACAUUCUGGCAGCAGUAAGAAUGGAAAACAACUUUUUGUUUCAACGUUGCUCUUUGUAUCAGGAAUAAGGAAGGGAAAGCUUUAUAAAACCAAAAAAGUCAGACUCCUUGCAGCCGAUUCCGAUUCAUGGCAACCCUAUAGGACAGAGCAGAACUGCCCCAUAGGGUUUCCAAGGAGCAGCUGGUGGAUUUGAACUGCUGACCUUUUGGUUAGCAGCUGUAGUGACGCCACCAGGGUUUCCUUUGUUGUAUAGAUGCAUGAAAAUAUGAUAGUGCUGAUGGGCAAACACGUUAAUGGAGAAUGUGCCCAAAGUAUUUUCUUGGAUCAGCAUCAUGCCCUCUGUGAUUAUGAAUGACUACCAGCCACAAAAAAAAAAAAAAACGGAAAAUCUAGUGGGCUAUCUUCACGUAGGAAUCUGUAGUCACAAGUUCUUGUUAUUGUAGUUGAAGUGAAGCAAUGUUUGUGGAAAGAUAAUGCUUUCAAUGCCAAAAUGCAACAAUUUUUGUUCUUAAAUUCCUAAAAACUAAAAAAGGAAAGCUUGAUAACAGAGCACUCCAACUUCAUAAAUAUCCAAAAUUGAACUCAUCAGCUUCCUCCUUGAGUCUGCUAUUUCUUCCCAUGUCUGUUCUCUUUGAUUAAUGACAUCAUCCCCCACCCAGACAAAGCACCAAACCUUUAAAUCGUUGGCAGCACCAUGUUCUCAUCUGUGAGAUAGAGCUAGCCUCUCUCUGAAAAUCUGUGAGUCUGUAGGUCUGUGGCUCCUUCUUUACCUUCUUCUCCACAUAUCUGAAUCCCAUCUCAUAAAUCUCUCCCCUGCUUUUUUUAUCUUGCCACAGCCUUAGCCCAACACCCCCCCCAAGAACUUCUUGACUAUUCAGUAACCUCUUAGCUGAUCUCCCUGUCAUUUCUUUAUUUUUAAAUUUAUAUGCAAUUAAAUUCACUAAUUUUGUUGUAUAGUUCUGAUAGUUUCGUCAAAUGCAUCGACCACCAUCCUAAUCAGAAUACAGAACCUCACUCCACCCUUUGCCUCCCCCAAAUUCCCUCUUGCGGCCCCUUUGUAGUCAAAUCAUCCCUCCUACCCUUCGCCCCUUUCAACUGUUGCUCUCAUCUCCAUCCCUAGAGUUUUGCCUUUUCCAAAAUGCCAUGUAAAUUGGUCUCCCUGUCUUCGAGCACUUGUCCUGAGCUUAUCCUCUUCAUUGAUGUCAUAAUAUCUACCUAAAACACAUCUCUUUUUGGGCUCACUUCUAUUCACGUGUGGUUGACAAAACAUGAGCUUUGGAGUCAGACAGACCUGAGUUCAAACCUAACCAUACCAGUUACUAGCUGUGUGAUCUUCGAUCAGUUGCUUAAUCUCUCAGCAUCUCAGUUUUCUCCUGUGUCAACUUUGGAAAAUGUCAGCCGCAGUGGCUGAACGUGGGUUGGAGCCCAGUUCCUGGUCGAAAGAUAGCUCUCAGGACAUAGUGAUUCCCUUCUGCCUUCUUGGGCCACUCUAUCUUGGUGACUGUGAAGCUUCCAUCCCUACAGAACCUCUCGUUUUUGAGGCCACAUGAUGAAGAGGAAGGGAUGGAGCCUAUGGAGUCAGAGAGGUCUGGUUCAAAUGCUAGUUCCACGUGUGACCUUGAGAAAUGCUUAAUUUCUCUGAGCUUCUGUUUCCUUGUUAGCAUAUGACCGGGCGAGAUUAUAAAGUUGUUAGCAUAAAUAAUUCCCGUACUUUCUAAGGAAGUUGGUUCCUGAGGAAGACCCUGAGUCUUGCUGAUCAGGGUGAGUGAUAGGGAGAUCAGAAAAGCAGGAAGUCACUCUGAAUAAGAAAUGGUGGCCACUGGAGCUAUUGUGAAGCUUGGACAUAAAAAAGGGGGCACGGUAUAGAAGAAAUGCCUUCCUGUUCCCUUUACUAUUCUCAAACUUGCUGUGCUUAUUUGGGAGUUAGUUUUAUUUCAUCAGAUAUGACUUGAGUAUGGAUACAUGAAGAUGUAUGGAUAGAGACAUACAUGAAUAAUUAUGAUAAAAGUCUAUUCCAGUUAUAUAGAGUACAGCCUAGAAAACCCCAUGGGGUUGCUAUGAGUCAGAGUGAGGACACCUAACAACAACAACAGACACAAAGGGGAGGGUGUAGAAGGAGGAGAAAGGGAGGAAGAGAUGAGAACAAGUACCACAGGGAGCACAAAGUAGGGGCAAUGGAGAAGCGUUUGGGGAGGAUGUGUGGGGGAGUUUUGCCAUGGGGUGUGGUUGUCAUCUCCUCCAUGCCUUCAUUGCUCAGCAGCGGAGACCUGCAUGACCUCAAACCUUCCAGAGCAGUGUCAGGCUAUCAUUGUUUUUUUUUUCAGGGUAUCUUUUGAUGGGUCUUCCUACUGAAAAGGGAAUAAAGAGACCCAGAGUAUUUCACGUUAGAUCUGAAAUGGGGAUAAUAACAUCUGCUGUCAUGAAGACAUCAUGUAACAAGCUGGUACUGUGCCUGACGGGGUGUAGGUGCUAUGGACAUGUUGACCCCUUCCCAACACUCUGCACCACUGCUGCCCUUUCCUCUUAGAGCUCAUCACUCUCCCUAAAUCAGCCCCAAAUCCUGACUCUGUAACUUGCUGUCCAGGGACCUUCUGGUUGGCACCAACCCACUUACAGCUCACCUGCCACUAAUGCUCUCUCCUGUUUGCUUCCUGCUCCCAUCUCCUGCUCCAGCUGCAGUCAAGGUUCAUUGUUGACCCCUUCUGUUGGCCCUUCAAUCAGAAUUAGCCUCUCCUUCCUCUGUGUUCCCCUGUGUUUACAUAGAGCCUGGUAGGCUUUGUGUCAUAAUUAUUCACGUAUGUCUCUAUCCCCCACGUUGAACUGUGUAAAAGGUUCUCAGUUCAUAUUUGAUAAAAUGAAGUUGAGUCCUAGAUAAUCACAGCAUGUUGGAGAGUGGGAAAGGGAGUGGUCUGGUGUUUCUUUUUCGUUGUGUUCCCAUCUUUAUAGACAGAUCAAUAAGUCACAUGCCUGCUGUGAGGCGGAUUUUACUCUUACAGAUUCCCAGCAGGUGUGGAUGCAUCAGGGUGCCCUAGUGACUCAAUGGUUAAGUGCUUGGCUGCUAACCAGGAGGUCAGUGCUUGGAACCCACCAGCCACUCUGUGAGAGAAAGAUGUGGCAGUCUGCUUCUGUAAAGUUUAUAGCCUUGGAAACCCUGUGGGGCAGUUCUACUCUGUCCUAUAGGGUUGCUGUGAGUUGGUAUCGACUGGAUGGCAGUGGGUUAGGUGUUUGGUUUGGUGGAUGCAUCAGGCCAUCCUUUUCCAAACAACUGUCUCAUGGUCAAGCUCCCAAGACGGCCUUCUGUGCACACAGGAUUAGGGCAUAGCCUAGAUAGACCCAGGAGAAGUGAGGGCAUCGCUGCACUGACCCAGUCCGGCAGGUUCUGCUGCAGAAAGUGGGCAGAGAAUGCCCUGAUGGAGGCAGUGAGCUGGAUGCACUGCACCUCCCACCCCCAUCACUAUCGAAUAGUUUGUGUCCUGUCACAUUUAAGUUGCAAAGAGAAGACAGUAACCCAAAGACGUGCCUGCCCGUAAAGUUUAGUGAGAUGCGCUUCCAGCACCUUCCAAGCCCACGCCAAGAUUAAGAGCCCCUCCCAUGUAAACAUGUGCUUCACCAUGUAAACUCGAGCCACCAUUGGAGUCGCCAUCUCUCCUAUACCCACUCGGAGAAGAGACAUUGUGGGUCUGUUCGUGACGGCCACGUUGAGGACUUUAUUCUUGUGUAAGAGCCGUACCACAUGGCUGACAUAUGUUCGAUUGGUGGCACACACAGGCUUCUAGAACACUUCUCCCAUCCAACACCUCACCAGCAGUUCCCCUUCUUGGGUUUGCAUAUGUUCCUUAUACAUGAGAGUGGGGAGGGUGCGCUUUGCAGCUGUCUUCUCAGAGAGGGCGCCCCUGAAGGCUCCACACACUCGGAGUGAUGCCAGGAGAGCCAUAAGGGCCCCCCGCCCUGGGCUCAGCUCCUGAGGUCAGAGAACCAGCAGGACAGAUCGCCUGGACAUUCUUCCUCCCCCCAUUCCAUCUCCAGGGUGAUGGUCUUCAGCAGGGGGCUAUAACCCUCAUCGCUUGCAGGCCACUGAGUACAAAGGACUGUCAGGCAAGGAGGAGUUCCCCAAUGGUCUAUAUUUUUCCACUGAGAGAGCAUGCUGUCCCAGGCACCUUCCCUCUGUCACUGUGGCUGCAGGUGAGAAGGGAGCCCCAGAGGCAGAGCCAGGCGCCUCUUUGGGAGACCUCUGCUCCUUGGAAUGCUCCCAAGCCCAUUGGCAGCAACCAGUCUGAAAUCUUCCUCACCCACCUCUCCUUUCCAUUUUUGCCUGGCGUCUGCACUUGCUGGAGUGGAGCCUGAUUGGAGCCAGCCCCUGCGACCUUCCAAGAUUCUCACAGCCUGGGGCCAGAGUCACGUAAGACUGACCUUCCCCACCCACACUUUAGGUUUACAGGAAAUUGAGCAGAAAGUACAGAGGGUUUUCAUAUACCCCCCUCUGCACCCCCGCCCACAGUUUCUUCUAUUAUUCACAUCUUGCAUUAGUGUGAUACCUUUGUUAUAACUGAUGAAUGAAUAUUGAUACAUUAUUAUUAACUAAAACCUGUUGCCGUCAAGUCGAUUCCUACUCAUAGUGACCCUUCUGGACAGAGUAGAACUGCCCCAAAGGGUUUCCAAGGAGCAGCUGGUGGAUUCGACCUGCUAGCCUUUUGGUUCACAGCUGAGCUCUUACCCACCAGCUGCUCCUUGGAAACCCUGUGGGACAGUUCUACUCUGCCCUUUAGGGUCGCUAUGAGUCAGAAUUGACUCAACGGCAACGGGUUUAUUACUAAUUAAAAGCCAAAGUUUACAUGAGGGGUCACUCUUUGUGUUGUCUGUUCUUAUGGGUUUUGACAAAUGCAGAAUGUCCUGUUUUCAUGCCCAAUAAUUUCACUGCCCUAGAAAUUCCCUGUGCUCCACUAUUUGUAAUGUAAAAUUUCAAAAUAAUGAAGUCAAGGUGUGCCCUGACACUUUGCUUACCACGUCCAACAGGGAACUUUCAAUAAGUUCAAGGCUGCCUUGUUGCAGAUCCUGGGAGAACCUACUUCUGGGCUCCCAAAUAGGGCAGACAGAGAUCCUGGCAUGAACCCUUCUACAUGUUGGCCAUGGCCACCCUCCUCCCAGCCCCCAGCUUUGGGGACUCUUAGCUUCUUAGCUGGGAGGGAGACGUGGUAGACUGUGUGUUCUUCCCUGUCUCAAAUAACCAUCACUCUCAGCCCAGUCCUGUCCGCCAUCACCUUCUCAGGCUUUGGUGGCUCUGCACCCAGCGGAGUGCUCAGUGUGUGGUGGUCAGCAGUCCUCUCUGCAGGAUUUAUCUAAAGCAGUGGCUCUCAGCUUUGUCUGCACAUUACAGUCACCUGAGGGAAACUUUAAAGACCCUGGUGCUCAGCCCACAUCUCAUACCCAUUUAAUCAGAGUAGCUGGAGGACGGGGCCCAGGAAUCAGUAUUUUUUUAAAGCUCGCAGAUGCUUCCCAGGUUACAGCUGCCAGUGUCACCUUCAUCAAUGCCCUCAACAGCAUAUGAGCACCUCUGUGGUGACCUGCACCAUUAGGCAGAUCUAGGCUGCAGUCUGGUUGCCCAGAAAGGUAUCGCUGCAGAGUCUGAAGUAAGAUUUUCCAUUGGAAGAGGAAGGCAAAUGCCAACUUUAUUUUAAAAGUGCUCUUCAUCCACCCAAGUCUAGAAAAUGCAGUGAAGCCUGUGAGAGUCAGAACUCGAUGACACUGCCUUGUUUUUCCAGGUUUCCCAAGUUUUUCGCCUUGAUAGGGUACAGUCUCACCACUUUUGUAUUGCUCAUUCUUUUUUUUUUUGAACAUUUAUUGUUGCUUAGGUGAAAGUUUACAGAGCAAAUUAGUUUCCCGUUCAACAAGUUAUACACAGCUUGUUUUGCGACAUUGGUUACAAACCCCUGAAUGUGUCAGUACUCUCCCCCCUUCCUCCCUGGGUUCCCUGUGUCCAUUCACCCAGCUUUCCUGCCCCUAUGCCCUUCUGAACUUUACUUUUAGGUAAAUGCUGCCCUUUAGGUCUCGUAUAAUUGAUUGUUCUGAGGUGUAUGUUCCUUACUGGUGUUAUCGUUCAUUUUAUCGACUGUCUAUUGUAUGGCAAUAAUGUGAUCUCCUGGGAGAAAGACCUGGCGAUUUGGUCCUGUAAAGAUUACAGUUUAGAAAACCCUAUGGGGCAGUUCUCCUCUGUCACAUGGGCUGAUAUGAGUUGGAAUCGACUCAAUGGCACCUUAACAACAACAAUGUGAUCUCCAGAAGUGAUUUCAGUUCCAAGUUUGAAGGAUGUCUAAGGGCAUAGUCUCAGGGGAUCCACCAGUCUCUGUCAGACCAAUAAGUCUGGUGUUAUUUAUGAGUUUGAAUUUUGUUCUGCUUUUCUCUCCUGCUCUGUCCAUGACCUGUUAUUGUGGUCCUGGUCAGAGCGGUCAGUAGUGGUAACCGGGCACCAUCUAGUUCUUCUGGUCAGGCUAGUAGAGGGCGUGGUUCAUGUGGCGUUUCCUUGAAUCUUUGGUUUUCUUCACUCUUCUUUGCUCCGGACAGAAAGAGACCAAUUAUUGUGUCUUAGAGGGCGGCUUGCAAGCUUUUAAGACCGUAGUCGCUACUCACCAAAGUAGAACAUUGUCUGUAUGGAUUAUGGUAUGCCAACUGACCUGGAUGUCCUCCGAGACCAUGGCCCCUAGCCCUCAAGCCCAGUAUCUGAGUCCCAGGAAGUUUAUGGUUAUGGCUAAGAAGUUUUCAUGACUGUGUUCCCUGUGUGUACUGUUGCAUACAUGGGUAUAUUUGUAGCAUGUACAACUAUAUAUAUGUGUGCUUCCAUAUGCCCUCUCACCCCUGUUCAGCUUAUAUAGCUACCUAUGUAUCCACUCAUACAUUAUUAUUUGUUAUUACUGUUGCUGCAGGAUUGUUUAUGUAUUUGUAUUUACUGUUGUUGCCUUGUCUUCCUUUACCUUUGUUAUGCUGUGCUGACGUCCCCUAUAUUGUGUAUUAUCGCUCCCUUCACCAAAGGUAGAACGUGUCUAUAAUCUAGUUAGUAGUUUUCUUUCCUCCCCCUCCCAUCCCUGGUAACCAUCAAAGAGUGUUUCUGUCUGUGUGGAAACCCUUUAUUGACUUUUUAUAGUAGUGGACUCAUAUACUGCUUGUCCUUUCGUGAUUGACUUCUUUCAUCUGUCACUCAUUUUAGUGGAAAAUAUUUGAGUUUUCCUUCUCUGAUAGGUUUCCACCUUACGUAGGUUCCAGCUUUCCCAGGUAUUACUGUAUAAAGAAUCCUGGGGGAACAGUUUAUUCUCACAUUUGAAUGUGGCUUUACUUCUUCAGAACAAAACCUCAUCAUUUUCUCCACUAUCAAAGAGGCCCUGUGACCUCUUGGGGCUAUAACUGAUCAGAAAAUGUCGGGGUGGUGCAUUGGGUGACUGGGAAAGUGAUUUAACUAGUUUUCUAUCUCACAGCCAGGUGACUCGGGGGAGACUGUGAGACCCCAUACAUCGCAGUCCAUUGUGUUGGGGUGUUUCUGGGUUGCGAUACCCAUCUUACAAGACUAUGUUAAGUGAUUGUUAAAAACUUUAAAAGAAGAAGAGCAGAUAUAGUACGUUUGUACUCAGUUAACCACGCAGACUCUUUUUAGGCUAGGAAAAUAAACAAUUCAAUUGGUGGUUUGUUUUAUUACUAAACUGAUAGAGUUGAACUGGCAGGAAGAGUUUGGCUCCCAGACUGGAAAAGGUUAAGUACUUUUGUCAAGGAAGGUAGAAACUCAAAAAGCAUCAUUAUUGGCUGAAUUUUACUGAAAUUAGAAAAUGACCCCUUUGAUAGUUAGUGACCAAAGACCUUUAAAGGUAACGUAGAAUGUUUUUAAUUCUGAGAGAUGGGGUUUUCAGAACUCUGAAAAUGACAUUUUUUUUGGCAUUGGGUGUUUUUGUUGCUGUAUUUAUUGCCUUUAGUUCCUAGUAAGAGUAGUUUUCUGCUCCUAAUUACCCGAAAGACAAAAACAAAACAACAACAAAAAAAAAAAAAACAAAAAGAGAAAAAAGCAAACAAACUAGAAUUUAAAAAAAAAGAGGGCGGAGGGAAUAUGUCUUGAAAGUUUUAUUAAUUGCAAAAUGAAGUUAAAUGGAGCAUUCAAUAAAGUACUUCUCAGAACCAAAGGAGAAUUUCUCAGAAAGGAGCCCAUCAAAGUUGGAUUCUCUAAAGCACUGGAAAUCCCAGGAACAAAAGCCAAAUGCCUGGGAAUUGAGUUUCAGAAGAAUUUUUGAAUUGGUGGAAUUACUGACUGUUCUAAAAUCUGUCCAGCUAAAAUGGGAUUGUAAGUUUGGCUUACACAGACCAGGCACAUACAGCUCUUGUUGUUAUAUUUUUUACUAUCCUUGAUUGAACCUUAUCUGUGAACCAGGGCCUGUAUUUUGACAUUUGUGAGCUCGCUCUGGAUGAUUACAAAGAUUCAGUGUCUUUCACAGAAGUCAUUAGUAGAUUGUGGAAGAAGGGUCAAGAUGCCGACUAUCUGGUGUUUUGGGUAGGUGAAAUCCGUAAUGACAUCUGAGAUGGUAUUUAGAUGUAUGGUAAAGCUAACUUUGAAAAUAAGAUUUCCCCUCCAUUGACAUGCUUUGCAAACUUGACCUCACUUCAGGAGGGGGAAAGAAAUGAAGUCCCUUUUCUUUAUUGCUUAAACCAUAGGCUAGCCUGAAUGUUUGGGCAGGCUGUAUAGGGUCAUUAUGAGUUGGAAUCGACUCGACAGCAACGGGUUUGGUUUUUUUGGUUUUAGUAGGGUAUUGCAUGCAAAUCUGAGUUUUUAAAACUUGGAAACAACCCUGAUUAUAUUCCAGAGUAGGUCUGAUCCUUUGGAAUGUGAGAGAGAUAAAUACUAGUUGCAACUCACGGACUGGAAUGGCAGUUUGAGGAUAGUCAGAAUUGCAGCUUAAACAUCAUCAAAGGGUGACCUGCAUUUAACUCCCUUAAUUGCUCAUGUCAAGAACUUGGCAUGACAGCCCUAACUGGAAGUUAUUAAGUCAGGUAAUAUUAGUACUCUUUUAAUCAACUAUAAUCUUUAAUUUACCUGAUCAGCAUUCAACUCAGUUUAGCUAACAAAGACUGUGGCUGCAGUCAAGUUACACAUAGGAUACUUAGUAAUUCUGAUGGUAUUAGUUACUGUUUAUGGAUUAACUCUAGUUAAGUCUUUACUGUAAGAUUUACUGUAAGAAAUUUCUUUACCAAAGGAAAUUCUUGUUGGUAUUUAUGUUGAAAGAUGAAACAACUUAGACAAAUUGUUAAUUCAUUAUUGGAUGGGGGAAAAAAAAACUGUCAACAACCAAAUGAGUACGCAAACCACAAACAUACGGUGGACGUGUUGUUUUCGGUUUUCAGUGGGGCCCUGGUGGCAUAGUUGUUAAGAGCUCAGCUACUUAACCAAAAAGUCGGCAAUUCAAAUUCACCAGCCGCUGUUUGGAAACUCUGUAAGGUAGUUCUACUUUGUCCUAUAGGGUCGUGUGGAUAUAGCUUAUAAUAAAUUGCUUCCAUUUCUUGAGCCUUACAAUAUUCCAAAUGAUCUCCUAAGUGCUUUAUAUACAGUAUCUCAGUCCAUUCUACAACCUUGAGAAGGUUGACAUUAUCAUCCUCAUUUAAUAGAUGGAGAAACCAAGGCUUUGGAAGUUAAAAGAACUUACUCAAGAUUAUACAGUUAGCAAGUGGCAGAGCCAGGUUCAAACCCAGAUGUGUCUUACCCCAAAGCCUGUGAUCUCAUGGAUCAUCUUCUGCCUUUUAGAUCUGUUUUUCCUCAUUAAAAAAAUCAUUUUUAAUUUAGAAAUAUAAUAAACAUACCAAAAUGUACAUGAAGUAUACGAGUAUGCAGCCCAGUGGGUUAUUUUGAAGUAAAUAUAUUCAGGUAGCCACCAUCCAUCACUUUAAAAGAAACAGUGUUGCCAGCACCUAGAUGCCAUUCUUAUGGUCCUCUGACACCCACAGCCCCACCCCUGUCCCAAAGGUAUGAAUCUUGCUAACAUGGUAGUCAUUUCUUUGUUUUUCUGUAUACUUUCACCACCUAAGUAUGUAUCCCUGAACAAUGUAGAUUCCUUUUGCUUGUUGGGAACCCUGGUGGCAUACUGGUUAAGUGCUACAGCUGCUAACCAAAAAGGUCGGCAGUUCAAAUCCACCAGGUGCUCCUUGGAAACCCUAUGGGGCCGUUCUCCUCUGUCCUGUAGGGUCUCCAGGAGUCAGAAUUGACUCAGCGGCAAUGGGUCUUUGCUUGUUCUUUAACUUUAUAUAAAUGGAAUUAUAGUAUAUACUUUUGUGUGUCUGGUUGCUAUUGCGCAUAGUUAAGUGAACUUGUGAACCUUAGUGAACCCAAAGUUUGUUCAUUUUCAUUGUUUUAUUCUAUUAUAAGAAUUUACCCAGUCUAUCCAUCCUGUUGUUUUAGCUAUCACAUGUGGCGUUGCCAUGUACAUCAUUGUACCUGUCCCUUUUUUUUUUUUCUCUUGGUAUGUAGUACACACAUUUCUGUACAUGCCAAGGAGUGGGGUUGCUGUGUAGGUAAAGCCAAGCAGUUUUCCAAAAUGGUUGUAUAAAUUUAUGCUUCUGUUGUUUUGCAUACUUUCCAGACUUGGAAUUGUCAGUCUUUUUCAUUUUAGGCAUUCUGGUGUGUUUGUAGUAAUAUCACAUUGCAGGCUAAUGUUCAUUUCUCUGAUUGCUAGUUGCCUUUUUGUAUGUUUAUUGGUUAUCCUCUUUUCUGAGAUGCCUGUUCAAGUCUCUUGCCCAUUUUUCAAUCAUGUGGUCUGUCUUUUUCUUAUGGUUUGGUAGGAAUUCAUUAUAUAUUCUGGAUAUAAAUCCUUCAUUAGUUACAUAUAAUAGUUGAAUAUAUUUUAUUUAUUUGUAUAUAUAGUUGAAGAUAUUUUCUCUCCCUUUGUGAUUUGCCUGUUUAAUCCCUUAGUAGAAUCUUUUGAUAAAAAGAAGUUUUUAAUUUUUGUCUUAUUUUAAUUUUAAUGUCCUAAGACCCAAACUUCACUUUUUAUAAUAGAUAUUUAGUAAUUCUCCUUUUACUUUCCUGCAGUGAAAUUCAUAGAAAAUAGAUCUUACCUAACCACAUAAUUAUAAGUAAUCAGUAUAAUGCCUUAACUGUUAUAUAAAGGAAAUAGCAAACAGAGCAAUUUAUAGUAAAAUAGUAUUUCAAUAUGUCAUGUAGGCAUGGCUACCCUGGAAGACAUGACAAUGUUCUGCAGCCACACACAGAAUCACCAUGAAUGCGACACCUAUAAAUACAGACAGCUGCAGAUGUGUUAGAUUGGAGCCUCAAAGAACAUAAUCAGUGUUGCCUUUAGUGAUGUGGUAUUUCUGAAACGGCGACUACUUCUUUAAAGUUCUAAAUAAAAUAAAGCACAUCAUUCCCUACUGCAUUCCUGAAAGUCAGAGUCUAUUAAAUCUGUGCAGAUAACACUCUGUUUCCAUGUAAAACGGUGCUAAGUUUCACCUGAAGGAAUGUCCUGCAGACAUUGGAAAGUCAGAGGGGCCAUGGACAUUUCUUGUUUGUGCUGGACUGUCCCAUGCAUUUCAGGUUGUCCAGCAUUUCUGCCCUAAAUGCCGCUUGUUGUUAGGUGCUGUUGAGUGAACUGUGACUCAUGGUGACCUCACGUACAACAUAACGAAAUGUUGCCUUGUCCUGGGCCAUCUUCAUGACUGUUGGUAUGCUCGUGUCCAUUGUUGCAGCCACUGUGUAUUUUGAGUGCCUUCCCACCUAAGGGACUCACCUUCCAGCACUGCAUCGGACAAUAUUCUGUUGUGAUCCCUAGGUCUUUCAUUGGCUGGUUUUUGGAAGUAGAUUCCCUGGCCUUCAUUCUCCCACCCAUCUGUCUUAGUCCGGAGACUCUGCUGAAACCUGUCCACCACAGGUGACCUUGCUGGUAUUGAAAUACUGGUGGCAGAGCUUCCAGCAUCAUAGCAACAUGCAAGCCCCCACAAUCUGACAAACUGAUGGACAGGUGGUGGAUGGACAGACAGUGGUGGCAGAUGCCACCAAUGACACUCAAUUGUUGUGUGACUUCCAGAACUACCCCCAAGAUUUCCAGAAUGCACCAAAGAGUGGUUCUGCUCCCACAGAAAACACCAUUAGGGCCUGGUAGACCCUUGCAGGGAUUUUGGACAUCACUUGGGUUUUCAAGGAAUCUGUUGCCUGGAAACGGGAUGAAGUGGAGACAUGUCUCUGUGUUCCUUAGCAAGGACUAGGCUGCUGGGAUGUGAGCUGCAGAGGUCCCGAGCUGACCUCUGCCUUUCUACCUCAUGUCAGACGUAGGCUCCACCCACAAGUCUGUCUGCUCCAAACCAGUUGCCCUUGAAUUGAUUCAGACUCCUGGCAACCCUGUGUGUGUCAGAGCAAAACUGUGCUCCAUAGGGUUUUCAAUGGCUGAGGUUUUUUGGAAGUAGAUUGUCGGGCCUUUCUUCCAAGGCACCUCUGGGUGAACUCGAACUUCCUACCUUUUGGUUAGCAGCUGAGUGUGUUAACCUUUGCACUAUCCAGGGGCUCUGUGCCUGCUCAAGGGCUGCCUAAAUCACCUGCCAGGGUCUCUUGAGUGUCUCGGGGGAAUCUUGCCCUCUAUUGCAGCUUGGUACAAUCUGUGUUGUCCUUUACAAGUACAGGUGCUGGCUUUCACCUCAAGCAGGUUUCAGAAGUAUCACCCACCCACCCAUGCACACACACAUAAACAUGCCCAAUCCGUUUUUACUCCCCUUUCUGCGAUAAGUAACAGAUCUGUGCACAGUGGUGAGAAGUACUUUUGUAGUUACACCUCACACUUGGGGUGUUUGGCCAGGCGGCCUCUCCCUCCAAGCCUGACCCCUUCCACCCGUACCCUGCUACCAUCUGCUCCAGUGUUUGCACGGGGCCUGGGGGCCUGCGAGUGUUUCCUGUAACUGGAAUCCCCCAGGCCAGGCCUGCCAGACAAUAGAUGUAUAAUUGGAUAAACUCUAAACUGGAAACUGCAAACAAUGAAAAAGAAAACUACCCAUAAUCUGGAGUGCAUGCUUCUCUGAGCCAGGCUGUUUACAUAUGAAACUACUUAAGCAAGUCUUUUAUUUUUCUACAACAAUGAAAUUCAUUUAGUCAUGAAACUCAGGGGCUCUCAGAUGUGUUUUAAAAAAGGGUCAGGGCUAUAUCGUAGUUAGCACAGAAUGAAGAUGGCAGGUCCAAGUUCUCUUCCUCUUUGAAGCCACCGAUCUGUUCAGAGCCAUGGAUGAAAACGACAGUGUCAUGGAUUGAACUGUAUCCCCCCAAAUAUGUGUCAUCUUGACUAGGCCGUGAUUCCCAGUAUUGCGUGGUUGUCCGCCAUUUUGUGAUCUGAUGUAAUUACCCUAUGCAUUGUAAAUCCUGGAAACCCUGGUGGCGUAGUGGUUAAGAGCUACAGCUGCUGACCAACGGGUCGGCAGUUCGAAUCCGCCAGGCGCUCCUUGGAAACUCAAUGGGGCAGUUCUACUCUGUCCUAUAGGGUCGCUAUGAGUUAGAAUCUACUCGACGGCACUGGGUAUUGUAAAUCCUAGCCUCUAUGCCUAUGGUUAUGAUUUUAUUUGGGAGUGAGCUGUCUGUUAAUGAGGCAGGACACAGUUUACAGGAUUAGGUUUUAUCUUGAGUCAAUCUCUUUUGAAAUAUAAAAGAGAGAAGCAAGCAGAGAGGAGAUGAACGUUUUACCACCAAGAAAGAAGAGCCAGGAGUGGUGCAAGUCCUUUGGACCCAGGAGUCCUUGCUGAGAAACUCCUAGACCCAGGGGAAGAUUGAUGACAAAGACCUUCCCCCAGGGCUGACAGAGAAUUCAGCUAGUGCCCUGAAUUCGUACUUCUAGCCUCCUAAACUGUGAGAGAAUAAAUCUCUGUUUGUUAAAGCCACUGACUUGUGGUAUUUCUGUUAUAGCAGCCCUAGAUAACUAAGACAGACAAAGUAGUGAUGUUUGUAAAUUGCCAUGCCCAGGCGAAGGUGUGGCAGAAGUGAAAGGCUCUGUUAUUGCUCUUAAAAAAAAAAAAUGAAACCUAACCUUAUUCAACACGGUCUCAGAAGUGCAAUGGUCUUUAGGUCACCCAAACCGUGGCCAUCAAAAAUUACUUCCAGAUUGUUCUGUAUAAAAGGCUAUUGGAGCACAAUAGUGAAUGUGUAUACUAUCCAGUAAACCAGUUGCUGUCGAGUUGACUCCGACUCAUGUGAGUCCAUGUGUGUUACAGUAGAACUGUGCUCCAUAAGGUUUCAAUGGCUGAUUUGUUUUUGGAAGUAGAUUGCCAGGCCUUUCUUCUGAGACACUUACGGAUGGACUCCAACUUCCAAACUUUUGGUUAACAACCAAGCACCUUAACCAUUUGCAUCACCCAGAGACUCCGUGAGUACUGUUUGAAAAAAAAAAAAAAAACAGUUGCCAUCAAGUCAAUUCUGACUCAUAGUGACCUGUAGGACAGAGUAGAACUGCCCCAUAGAGUUUCUGGGGAGCAGCCGGUGGAUUCAAACUGCCAACCUUUUGGUUAGCAGCUGUAGCUCUUAACCACUACGCCACCAGGGUCUCCGUGAGUACCAUAGUGGCUUAAAAAAUACUUUUUCAAGGACCACACACAAAGUUAAGAAGGCAGAAUCGAUUCUGUUCUUAGAUGUGUCGAUGAAUGAAUGCUUGGGCCCUUGAAUGUAAUAAUAGCAGAAAAAUACCCUUCACAGCAUGAGCAUAGCUGGAUUUAGGAUUUUCGGCUUUAAAAAUUAUGCUUUUAUUUAUAUUUCCCAGUUAGGUUAACAAAUUCCUGAAUUUAACCAAGUAACUGAAAGUUUUAUUUGGGGGGCAGUGAGAAUAGUGGCAGAAAUCACUACAGGCUGUCCACAGUGUCUUAGCUCAGAAGUAGCAGAUUGAAGAAAAUUUAUUGGCCAUUGGUUACCUUUGCUUCAAAUACAAGAGUGAGAAGAGUUCAAAUAUUGACUGUUGCCAAUAUCCAGUGUGGGAAAAAUUUUAUUUAGAGUAUCUUUUAAAAAGGUGAACCCCUAUUAAACCAAAAACCAAACUAAACCUGUUCCCAUUGAGUUGAUUCCGAUUCAUAGCCACCCUGUAGGACAGAGUAGAACUGCCCCAUAGGGUUUCCAGAGAGAGCCUGGUAGAUUCAAACCGCAUACCUUUUGGUUAGCAGCCAUAACUCUUAACCACUAUGUCACCAGGGUUUCCAAACCCCUAUGGUAGAUGGGUGUAAUCAGAGUUUACCAGAAAGUCUCUGAAAUCAGUGUAUGAAAUUAUAGGCAUGUAGUAGUAUUAUUGGGGGAUCCCUUGUGGUGCAGUGGUUAAGUGCUUGGCUGCUAACAGAAGGGUCAGCAGUUCGAACUCACCAGCUACUCCGAGGGAGAAAGAUGUGGCUUUUGGCUUCCGUAAAGAUUACAGCCUUGGAAACUCUAUGGGGCAGUUCUACUCUGUCUAUAGGGUUGCCAUGAGUUGGAAUCAACUUGAUGGCAGUGAGUUUGGUUUUACUGAUUUUAGUAGGAGCCCUGGUGGUGAAGUAGUUAAAGCACUUGGCUGCUAUCCAAAAGGUUAGGGGUUCAAACCCACCAGCCGUUCCUCUGGAGAAAGAUGUGACAGUCUGCUUCCAUAAAAAUUUCCAGUCUUGGGAACCCUGUAGGGCAGUUCUACUCUGUCCCGUAGCGCCACUAUGAGCUGGAAUCGACUCGAUGGCAGUGGGUUUGGUUUUAGAAGCAUACUGGGUUGAAUAAUGCCCCCUCCAACAUAAAAAUUCAUGUUCACCCGUAAUCUGUGAGUGUGGCCUGAUUGGGAAAGAGAGUCUCUGCAGAUGUAAUCAAGUUAAGAUGAGGUCAUACUAGAUUAGGGUGGGCGCCAGUCUAAUGGCUGGUUUUCUUAUAAGAAAAGGGAAAUGUGAAGACAGACGCAUGGGGAGAAGACCAUGUGAUGACACAGCCAGAGAUUGGAGUGAGGCUUCUACAAGCCAAGGAAUGCCAAGGACUGCCCACAGCCACCAAGAAGCUAGGAAGAGACAAGGAAGGAUUCUCCCUAGAGCCUUCAGCGGGAGCUUGGCCCAUUGGUUUCAGACUUCUAGCCUUGAGAAGUGUGAGAGAAGCCUCUGUUGUUUUAAACCACCCAGUUUGUGGUAUUUUGUUGUGGCAGCUCUAGGAAACUAAUGCAAGUUGUGAUCCAACUUUGGCUAAGACAGAAGAUAGAAAAAAAUGAGUAUUUGAUGGGAGAUAAGUAAGAAGUGUCAGAGACUAAAGAAUGGGGACUAAGGAUGUAGAGUGUGAAAAUGGCUUCUAAGGUUCCUUCCUGGAAAAAAAUACAAGUUCUGAUGGUUUCCAAAAGUGGCUUUUAUUCUCAGAGAUAUGUUUUCCUUCCUUUUUGAGCAAUAUCAUCUCAACAAUCUUAGUUCGUUCUUUCAUCCCCUCCUCACUCUUCCAGGAUGCUUAUAAAACCAAGAAACAGAAACCGUCUUGAUCAGGAAGGAUAUGAAAAAGACCUCACGUCUUCAUUUGCGACCAUUGCCUGCUAGGUGAAGAAAACACUGUGUAGACAGAGAAAGGAUGAGUCAGGAGCAAGGCUUUGGAGGGUCAGAGUUAGGGGGUGUAGCCACAGCCUUUGAUCAUAAACCGUGGACAGUUAGAGCUGGAAGGAACCUCAGCAUCACCUUGUUCAACUCUCUCAUUUCAUAGGUAAGAAAAAUAAGGUCUAAAUAGCUAAGGAGACUGCCAGAGGUUGCGCAGCUAAUUGGUGGCUGCGCUAACCACGUAAGGGUCCGUCUUUGAUGAAGAACUUUCUGAAGUUCUUUGGAUAGGCAAAUGUAGCUGACACUCAGAGUGUAGGAAGGACCUGAAGGAUAAACAGCAUAGGCUGUUUGAAUUCUUUAUCAUUGUCUGGUUUGUUUUUGACCUUCACCACCCCAGCUGGUAAGCAUAAAUUGUAGUUGUUAAUUUGCUUUCCUUGACAUGUUUGUGAAGGACUCUCUGUUGAGGGAGUCUGUGGGAUUGGAAGGGAAGUGUUUGCUUCACACUGCAGACCUCCGCUCUGCGACUCCUUCCAGUUCGGCCUUGGACGUAGGCUGACACAACGCAGAGCCCAGGCUCCGGUCUUGAAACAGUUUGCAUGAUGCAUUUUCCAUGUGCUCUGGUUGAUUGGUUUUGCUGGAAAAUUUAACCUAGAAAAGCACUGUGACUCUGAUGUUAGCCUUGCUCUUCAUGCAGCCACUUUAUACUCUCUCGAUUUUCUCUGAAAAAUUGGCCUCUUAGAAAGAACUCUCCUCUCCUAGAAAAUGGACUUGAUUUUCUUUUUUAUAGCAUUAUGGAGAUGUCGCUGCAUUACCCAAGCCUCCUAAGAAGUGGAGAGGCUUCUUUUUUUCAUUUGAUCCCUGUCAUUCCUGUGAUUUUAGACAAGGUUGUAAACAAGCCAUAAUACAGAGGGACACCCAAGAGAUGUACAACAGAAGCAGCACCAGAAAUGGAAAUUGAAUUUAUAGGCAGUGAGAUAGGAUAAUUCGUUUUUAGAUUUAAAAAUAUCCCCAAACCAGAUGUCUGCUGUGUCAGAUAGAGAACGGAAUUGAGUUUGAAUCCCAGUACCUCAAAUAAUAGUUUAGUGGAAGCUGCCUGCUUUGUAUAAAAUACAUACAUAAACUUGCUGCGUGUGUAUGUGUUCAGCGGAUAGAUACUUAGAUAGAGAUAGAGAUGUUGUUAUUGUUAGGUGCCGUUGAGUCGAUUCUGACUCACGUUGUGACCCAGUGUGUCAAGGUAGAGCUACCCCAUAGAGUUUCCUAGGCUGUAAUCUUUACGGGAAUUGCCCUGGUGGCCCAGUGGUUAAGUGCUCAGCUGCUAACUGGAAGAUUGGCAGUUUGAACCCACCAGCCACUGGAGAGAAAGAUGUGGCAGUCUGCUUCCCAUAAAGAUUACAACCUUAGAAACAUGGGGGCAGUUCUACCCUGUCCUAUGAGUUUGGAAUCGACUUGACAGUUUUUUUUUUUUAAAUCUUUAACUGGAAGCAGAUAGCCAGGUCUUUUCUCCUGCAGAGCCAGUGUGUGGGUUUGCACCACCAGCCUUUUGGUCAGCAGCCAAAUGCUUAACAAUUGCGCUACCAGGACUCCUUGAUAUAGAUAUGUAGAUAUAUGUAUACAUUCCUUUCCAAACACACUAAUUAAAGUAUGAGUUUUAAGUCCAAAAUUCUGGCCUGUGCAAAUAAUUCGUACUUUUAAUUCUCUGCCUUAAAUGUUGAUAGAGCUGUAGACAAUCUGAUUGGCCCACUGUCUGCCUUUUUUCUUUGAGUAUUUAUUUGGUGUUCAAAAAUCAAAAUAAAGAACUUUUCUGCUUUUUUUCACGGAGAGCAAGAACUGUGAAUGGUGUUUAUCCAAAAUUUUAUGUUUUUUUUAGUCAACUUUUAUUCAGUACAGAAAGUACAUUUUAAAGAACGAUAUGUCGGUAGAACAACUUAAAAAAAAAAAAAAAAACGUUGCUGUCGAGUCAAUUCCGACUCAGAGUGACCUUAUAGGACAGAGUAGAACUGCCGCAUAGGGUUUCCAAGGAGCGGCUGGUGGAUUCGAACUGCCAGCCUUUUGGUUAGUGGCCCUUAACCACUGCACCACUAGGGCUUCAAAACAAUGAAAGACAGGAGAAUACUAAGUGAAUACUGCUAUUAAAUGCCCAUAAAUUAUUCCGCAUUCGUUCUGUACCUACCAGUGUCUCAGCCACUGUCUCUGUCCUGAAUUGCCAGAAACCAGAUCCUGGUGUUGGAUUUUGAACACAUUUUUUUUUUUCAGGGUUGCAUCAUGACUCUUGGGAGGGCAUCCUGUCUGAAACGGACUGUCUUCCUAGCCUGGGUCAAUGGGGACAGGGAGAAAUAGCAUCUGUCAGCUGUGCUGAAGCUUACCACAUGUGGAGUCAGGGCUCCGCCAGUACAGCUGCCACUCUCUGUGGCAUCGUUGUUUCCACAGAGAAAAGUGUAAAGAUGGGGUGGACUUGAAAACAUGAGGCAGCGAUGCCUUAGCCUUGACUUCUAACUCUCUCAUCUCU